AUGGCGGAUGCCUUUGGUGACGAUUUGUUCAGCGUGUUUGAUGAAGAACAAACAACUUCAACUAAAAAGAAACCCGCGAUACCUGAAAAGGGGUAUGUAUGUUAUGGGUUUUCACUCAGUUAGGAAGAUUUUCAGUUCAAGUAGUGACAUAGACAACUAUCAAAUGAGAACACGCGCAGACAGCAUCAUGUCUUACAGUAGCUAACGUUAGACCUCAAUGGUAAUGCUACAGUAUCUAGCUAGCUAAAGCACAUUGCCCACGUUUACACCGGCGUUGUAUUUGUUUAAUCCCAGACCCUUGGUAGUUAGAUUGUUUUGUGUUUACUACCUAGCUAAUGAGAAUAAACUCUCGCCACAUUUUAUUUGUUGAAAAUGUGAAAUAUGUUAGUGAUAUAGGAUGCAGUCUAGUGAGUCAACUGUUUAUCUUACCUGGUACUCCAUACACACACAAACACAGUUGUCUCAGUCAUAUGUAGGUAUUAGAUAGAAGUGGUGGUAUUGUCCUGGAUUUCAUAUCUGAGAUCAUUUUGAUUGGCAGGUCUAUGUUUCUUAGCUCGAUGCCAUGUAAAUUAUUUAAAUAACAGCCAGAUAUUGGCGAGGAAUAAUUCCUACCAACAUAUGGGGCUGCAGAUAAUCUACUUGUUUCUUUCUUAAAGUAACAGUACCGUAAAAUAUUCUCCCCCAUUAGGAAAUCGACCAGUAAAAAUGGCAAAGGAGGAAAGGACGAGUUCUCUACAGCCAAGAGUAAGCGGGAAGCAGACAACAACGGGACAGACGAGGUGGUGUUUGGAAAGAAGGCUAAACUGGAGACUGUUUCUACAGAAGAGAUCAAGUAAGAUUAUGACUUUGAACAAGGCUAGAUUUGUGGGCAAGGGUGGUCUAAACCGCUGCCUCUGGAUUAGCCAAUAUUGGACUAAAGGAGCCUAACGUUAGACCAAGGACCUCACAUGUUCAGUUUAAAUUGCGAAUUGGCUCUGGAAGCAAAAAAACGGCCGAAUACUCCAUCUAAACGUGAAUCAAUUCUCAAUUGCGUUAUGGUUCUUGAAACAUAAAUACCUUUAAAAUCACAUCAAAAUAAUUUCACAAUGCAAAAUACACACUUACUGGGUACUGUUUUAACCAGUUUUAACACAGUUGCAGCCGACAGUAUUUGUUGGUGACAACACGUUUUGUGGCGUCUGUCUUCUGUUUACACACAGGUGUUCAGGAACACAAAUAGCUCAUUAACACAUGUAGUCCACUUUGUCAUUUGUCUGUUUUUCCGUAAAAUAGUGCUGUAACAUGGCCAUGAGGGAACCCUAACCCUCUUCGAUAUGAAGGAUAAGGCCCUUAUGCUUCCAAAACCGUACCACAAGCGAUGCGUGUUAAUGUUCAGACCGAAUGUCGGGGCUCUUAACAAAACUCCCCCCUACAGAAGACUCCUUCGUCUGUCCAAUUAGAUAUAGCUACCGCUGCAGCAUGGGUUCUAAUCCAGCCCACUGCUAUUUCUGCACACUCUAUCUUUCAUCGCUACCGACUGCCACACUCAUUAGAAAAAAAGAACAAAGAAAAAUAUGACGAGGCUAGAUUAGUAUUAUUGUCUGGUGUUAAUUGUUGUGAUUCCUUGUUAUAGACACAAUUCGCUUCAUGACUAUAUGAUCUGCAAAGAAAUGUGAAUUCUUCUCAUUGUUGGGUAAUGGAUUGAAUACUAAUGAAUGUGUAACUCCCAUUUUCAGUCUUGCCGACUGCAUGCCCAAGGUGAAGGUGGAGCCGGUUGAGACAGUGGAAGGAUGCAAUCACGAGGUAAGCGUGCUCAGGACUUUUGAAAUAUGAAUUUAAUGACUUCAUUUUUUGUAUUCAUUUAUGAAACCUAGGUAGGCCUAUACCCCAAUAUUACAACUUGGUUCCCUUUACUGAAAAUCUGCUUUCCUUACCUGAACAGGUGGCCCUACCAGCCAAUGAGGAGUACACGCAGUUAAAGCCUCGUGUGGGGAAAGCAGCAAAGGUACUGUAACGGUACAUCAGUCCACUGAUUGGAUAGGGAUACUUUGAGAGCACAGUCUGAAACUCAUGGCCUUCAACAUUGCCUUGUCAAGUGACUCCAGUCCAACCAUCUAUGUUCCUGCUAACAUCAAACUGAUCUCUUUUGUAGGAGUACCCCUUCGUUCUGGAUCCCUUCCAACGUGAGGCCAUUCUGUGUAUCGAUAACAGCCAGUCAGUGCUUGUGUCUGCCCACACCUCUGCAGGAAAGACUGUCUGUGCAGAGUGAGUUUGAUACACUGAUACCCUUUUAGUUUUAACACUACAGAGUUUGGCCGAACUAAGCCAAGCUGUAAUGUACUGUGCAGCACAGUAUGUAUCGGGUCAGCGAGAUGGUGUGAAAAGGGUAUGAGUGUGUUCAGAUGUUUUGCGUGUUUGGGAUGUGACUGGACUGUAUACAGCAGUGUUUUUUAAGAAAACAUUUUUUCCAUCCAAAACUAUUUUCAGUGUAAACUUAAACAACUAAAACCAGAUAUAAAGUAUGUACGCCUUUUAAAAUAAGAUCAUCUUUGAGAACUGACAAUCACUACAUUAAAAGCUAGACACUCAGUGACAAUCAAAAUGAUGCAUUCAGGAGUAUUUAUGUCAUGGCCCCCAUUUGAAUUUGUUCUAAUGUUAUAGCAUAAGCAAUUGCAAAAUGUCUAGAAUUGCAGGAAAUUAGCUUUAAAACAGCUAAAUUGUCACUGCAGCCAACAGGAGGGCCUCUAAAAUGUUCGGUCGGUGACCUCGCCAUUGGCCACGCCCCCACCACACACACCACCUAAGACCCAUUUUGAUUCAGAAAAAAGCCUCUUACUCACUUUCCCUCCCUCCUCCUCCUCAUCCAGGUAUGCCAUAGCUCUAGCUCUGAGGGAGAAGCAGAGGGUCAUCUUCACCAGCCCCAUCAAAGCCCUGAGUAACCAGAAGUACAGAGAGAUGUACGAAGAGUUCCAGGAUGUUGGCCUGAUGACCGGUGAUGUCACCAUCAACCCCACCGCCUCCUGCCUCAUCAUGACUACUGAAGUAUGACAUUGCAGCGUCCCAUUUAUAAUUACAUUAUUCUCUCCAACAAUCUCUACUGUGUCUUUAGGCUGAGCUAGAAUAUUACUAAGUUGUACUUACGUUUUUCUCUAGUGAUAUUAGUAUAUCUAAUUGAAUAUUAUCAAAUAUAUUAUGACAUAUUUCAUUUGUUUCUGUGUUUCAGAUCCUGAGGAGCAUGUUGUACCGAGGGUCAGAGGUCAUGAGAGAGGUGGCCUGGGUCAUCUUUGAUGAGAUCCAUUACAUGAGAGAUGCCGAGCGUGGCGUGGUGUGGGAGGAGACCAUCAUCCUGCUUCCCGACAACGUCCACUAUGUCUUCCUGUCCGCCACCAUCCCAAACGCCAAGCAGUUCGCUGAAUGGAUCUGCCACCUCCACAAACAGGUUCAUUUUUUUAUUGACUUUUAUCAAUGUGUAUAGGCUACCAUGGAGCGACCUUAACCCAACAACUAGAGACCUCGUCAAGGGGUUUGAAUCUCUUGGGCUAAGGUGUUGGGUUGACAGUUAAAAGGUCCCAGGUUCAUCAAGACCUGGUUGGGACUACCCUACAAUGCAUUUCCCUUACCCCUGCCCUGUCUAGUGAUCAGCUGCCGGUCUCAUUCCAAUGCCAGAUCAACCUCAGUCAGCAGAAGGCAGGGCCACAACAUUGGCAUCUCCAUUUUGAAGGCUGAGAACACACAGCCAAAAAUAUCCCUUAUCUGCUUACAUGUGUAUCAAGCAUCAUUUGAUUCCAUUCAGUUGUUUAACAAUCUUCAGGGAUUGUGAUGAGGUGCUCAUACAAUUGACUUGUUCUUGUCUCCUAUAAGCAUAUUUUUAUUUAUUUAACCUGCAUAGCCAUGCAUCAAGCGUAAUUGUUUCAAUAAAAUGGUUUAAAAGAAUUUCAGGGAUUGUGCUGUUGACUUCCUCCUGUCCCCAUGCAGCCCUGUCAUGUGGUGUACACAGACUUCCGGCCCACCCCCCUGCAGCACUACAUCUUCCCAGCAGGUGGCGACGGACUUCACCUUGUGGUGGAUGAGAACGUAAGGAAAUUCACACAGCUAGAGGUUUCUUCUGUCUUGACUAGGACGACAAUACAUUACAUUCUACAUUUACGACACAGUGAGAUAAUGCACACCCUGUCACAGUGGGAAUGUCCUUAAUUCGGUUCCUUGUACAAUAAUUUGAUAGAUGUAUCAGUAAAGAUAAUCUAGUGCUGUGUUGAGCAUUGCUUGCCUCACUGUGUUGACCUAACAGACCAGGGUUUCCCAAAAGCAUCGUAGCACUAAGAUAAUAAUUUUGUCAAUUUAGUUUCAAUGUAGUUUAAAUAAUCUUAGUGCUACCUUGCUUUUGGGAAACCCAGCUCAGAUAGGUUACAGUGCUGGGAACAUACAGAAUUCCACGCACUUCAUUAUUUAGGUUUGGUUUACAAUGUCGGUCAGUGACUAAACAUGGUGUUAGGUACUAGGCUAAGCAUACAAUUAGUAGUUUAGAGUAUGAACCAUUCACACCUCUAGGAAUGACCGAUGUGUUGAGUAAUGGGGCCAGGUGCAUAACGUCAAAGAUUCUGACUGUUACGAUUUGUUAUUAGACUGCAUCCCACAUCACUGACAUAUUUCAUAUUUUCAACAAAUAAAAUGUAUAUAGAGUUUACUCUCAUUAGGUACUAAACACACAAGAAUCUCACUGCCAAGGGUCUGGGAAUAAAAAAUGCUGUAAAUAAGUUUUAUACUUUACCACACAAGACCCACCUGAGUUGUGGUUAGAUCUUAGUCGGUUUGUUAUAGAAUGUGAAAUGAGGCCAGUUUGUCUGCCUGGUCUACUGUAGGGUUAGGUUUGGCUAUUGAUCCUUUGCUUGUCUUGUCUCCUCAAGGGAGAGUUCAGGGAGGACAACUUCAACACGGCCAUGCAGGUGCUGAGAGACACUGGCGACUCUGGAGGCAGCAGUGGGGGGGGCAAAUGGGACCCCAAGGGACGCAAAGGAGGGACACGAGGUGUGUGUGAUUUAAGACCGAUAAACCAUGAUGUGAUUUUAGAAUACCACAAGUAUUUGUGAGUAGUGUUGUCAGGAGAUUGUGACAUCUAAAUUAGGGUUGCAAAAGGGUUGCUUUUUUUCAACGUGGUUGUGUUUCUCCUUAGGGCCAUCCAACGUGUUUAAGAUUGUUAAGAUGAUCAUGGAGAGGAACUUCCAGCCGGUCAUCAUCUUUAGCUUCAGUAAGAAGGAGUGUGAGGCCUAUGCCCUGCAGGUGUCCAAGCUCGACUUCAACACAGGUAUAGUUCUCCCCAUAGAAAUAUACAGUAUAAUAGCCUAACUCUAACGAUACUCCCAGGUGUCCAAGCUCGACUUCUAUAGCGGUAGCUACUCCUUCAAUGAGUGGGAUGGGUAACACUGUGUCCUAAUGGGAAUUCAUUAGGGCACACCGUAGCAAAGUGCUUUUCAAUGGAAAAGGGGUGUUUCUUAUUGGAGAAGUUCAGUUAGUUUAUUUUACUGCUGCUCUUUAGUUAUUUGCUUUUAUUUUCUUUACUUAACAAAAUGUAAUGUCUACCUGUUGUAUUCGGCACAUGUGGCAAAUAAAAUUUGAUUUGAUGUACUCCCUCGAAAGGUGGGACAUGUCAUGAAGUUUGCUACGGGUGUUUUUAAUCAUCGGCAUCACUCAAGUGGCGCAGUGGUCUAAGGCUGUUCCACUAGAGAUCCUGGUUCGAAUCCGGGCUCUGUCGUAGUCGGCCGCGACCGGUAGACCCAUGGGGCGGCGCACAAUUGGCCCAGCGUCGUCCAGGGUAGGGGAGGGAAUGGCCGGCAGGGAUGUAGCUCAGUUGGUAGAGCAUGGCGUUUGCAACGCCAGGGUUGUGGGUUCGAUUCCCACGGGGGGCCAGUAUGAUUUGUAAUUUUUUUUAAAUGUAUGCACUCACUUAACUGUACGUCGCUCUGGAUAAGAGCGUCUGCUAAAUGACUAAAAUGUAAAUGUAAUGAAGUUUGCUAAGCGUGUUUUUAAUCAUCGGUUUCACUCAAGUCAUUCAAUGUAAUGUUUUCUAUUAACUGUACACAUAACUCAAUGUUCUCUCUCCUCUGCUCUCCUUGGGGGGUGACAGACAUUGCUAAGUAAACCCACUGAUGUGAACACACAGCAUGCCACUCAACACUUGACUACACACUUUCUGUGUGCUGGAAAUGCAUAGCAUCUGUCCCAAAUAGCACCCUAUUCCGUAUAUAGUGCCAUUUCGGACAGACACUAAAAGUAGUGCAUUAUAUAGGGAAUGGGGUGCCAUUUCAAAUGCAGCCAUAGAUUUGCCACCCAAUACUUGACUACACACUCUCUGCAAAUAGGUUAUGCAGCCUGUGCUGAUUCGUUGCAUGAUGACCCUGAGCAGCAGGAUGAAUCUGGGCUGCAGAUCUAAUUGGUUAGACCUAACUGUGAAAAACACCAGUCCGAGUCCGUCCUGCAUAGCUUGCGAAUCUUCACACUUUUGUGUGUGAUUCGAUUUAAGUCAGUUACGUGCAACAACACCAAAUGCUCUCUUUCCACUGGGCAUUAUGUGAACAAUCUCUUAUCGGGGUGAUAUGAAUAUGGGUAUUGUGCUUUCUCAGCUGUUUUUAGAUGUUCACUGAUCCACUUCUAGUGAAAAGAUGCAUUAUGGUGUUACUGCCCAGUCAGUCUCAGAGGGAGGAGAGAAGACAGUGUGUUGAUAAAUAUGGAGCAAAUUUCUCUUAGCUAGACUGGAGCCAGGCCCUUGGCAACAGGUUUCUAUCUCCCCCAGCCUGACCACAGGCGGAUUCUGUUUGUAAUGGAAUUCACUUCAGCAUGUGUUUCAGUUCAGAGCAAAUAUUUAGACAUUGUGCCUUUUCUCUUUCACUUGCAACACACUGACACCGAAUCAUCUUGUGUAAGAUGUUCUAUUUACACAAACAAUCUGACUAAGCCGUACAUAUACAAUGUGGGAUUUAUACUGAAGAUUUUAUGAGAACUCCUCAAGACCAUUCUAGACAGUGCUAGUGCUCUCCUCUGCUGUUGUUCCAAAGAGUGACGUGGCUAUAUUAUGGAACGUCAAAUACUUUUUGUUUUCCAUUUGCUCUUUUCUGAACCAUUUUUGAAAUAAGCAGCAGCACUGUUGUGGGCUAAGGCGUAGUUUCGUAUUAGUAGUAUUUAUAGAAACAGAGCUGCUGGCCUGUUUUCAGGUUUAGGCUAGCUAUUACAGUGGGGGAAAAAAAGUAUUUAGUCAGCCACCAAUUGUGCAAGUUCUCCCACUUAAAAAGAUGAGAGAGGCCUGUAAUAUUCAUCAUAAGUACACGUCAACUAUGACAGACAAAAUGAGAAAUUUUUUCUCCAGAAAAUCACAUUGUAGGAUUUUUUAUGAAUUUAUUUGCAAAUUAUGGUGGAAAAUAAGUAUUUAGUCAAUAACAAAAGUUUCUCAAUACUUUGUUAUAUACCCUUUGUUGGCAAUGACACAGGUCAAACAUUUUCUGUAAGUCUUCACAAGGUUUUCACACACUGUUGCUGGUAUUUUGGCCCAUUCCUCCAUGCAGAUCUCCUCUAGAGCAGUGAUGUUUUGGGGCUGUCGCUGGGCAACACAGACUUUCAACUCCCUCCUAUGGGGUUGAGAUCUGGAGACUGGCUAGGCCACUCCAGGACCUUGAAAUGCUUCUUACGAAGCCACUCCUUCGUUGCUUGGGCGGUGUGUUUGGGAUCAUUGUCAUGCUGAAAGACCCAGCCACGUUUCAUCUUCAAUGCCCUUGCUGAUGGAAGGAGGUUUUCACUCAAAAUCUCAUGAUACAUGGCCCCAUUCAUUCUUUCCUUUACACGGAUCAGUCGUCCUGGUCCCUUUGCAGAAAAACAGCCCCAAAGCAUGAUGUUUCCACCCCCAUGCUUCACAGUAGGUAUGGUGUUCUUUGGAUGCAACUCAGCAUUCUUUGUCCUCCAAACACGACGAGUUGAGUUUUUACCAAAAAGUUAUAUUUUGGUUUCAUCUGACCAUAUGACAUUCUCCCAAUCCUCUUCUGGAUCAUCCAAAUGCACUCUAGCAAACUUCAGACGGGCCUGGACAUGUACUGGCUUAAGCAGGGGGACACGUCUGGCACUGCAGGAUUUGAGUCCCUGGCGGCGUAGUGUGUUACUGAUGGUAGGCUUUGUUACUUUGGUCCCAGCUCUCUGCAGGUCAUUCACUAGGUCCCACCGUGUGGUUCUGGGAUUUUUGCUCACCGUUCUUGUGAUCAUUUUGACCCCACAUGGGUGAGAUCUUGCGUGGAGCCCCAGAUCGAGGGAGAUUAUCAGUGGUCUUGUAUGUCUUCCAUUUCCUAAUAAUUGCUCCCACAGUUGAUUUUCUUCAAACCAAGCUGCUUACCUAUUGCAGAUUCAGUCUUCCCAGCCUGGUGCAGGUCUACAAUUUUGUUUCUGGUGUCCUUUGACAGCUCUUUGGUCUUGGCCAUAGUGGAGUUUGGAGUGUGACUGUUUGAGGUUGUGGACAGGUGUCUUUUAUACUGAUAACAAGUUCAAACAGGUGCCAUUAAUACAGGUAACGAGUGGAGGACAGAGGAGCCUCUUAAAGAAGAAGUUACAGGUCUGUGAGAGCCAGAAAUCUUGCUUGUUUGUAGGUGACCAAAUACUUAUUUUCCACCAUAAUUUUCAAAUAAAGAAAUUAAAAAUCCUACAAUGUGAUUUUCUGGUAAAAAGUUUCUCAAUUUGUCUGUCAUAGUUGACGUGUACCUAUGAUGAAAAUUACAGGCCUCUCAUCUUUUUAAGUGGGAGAACUUGCACAAUUGGUGGCUGACUAAAUACUUUUUUCCCCCCACUGUAUAUAGCGGUGUGACUAUCGCUAGUGCUGUUGUGGUCAUGCUGACCGCUAGCUCUGUAACACUAUACAGGCUCCUCUUGUGCUGAUGGUCGCGUAGCAGUUAUGUGGUUGUGUGUUUAGAGUUUAACGUGAGUGUUUCUGUUUUGAGGCUUUAGAGCCAAAACAGCCUGCUCUGGCUGUGGUUUGUCUGCUUGCUCGCUUGUUCUGUCAUUCUGUCCAUGUGUUUUUACUGCUGCCCUGAGACUGUCCUCACUUCUCAGGGAGCUGCGGGCAGUGGCACAGCCUUACUACGGGCACUUACAGCAAUACCCUGAGGAACCAUUACUCAACUAGAGAGCCAGCCGUGGUUAGGCGUACAUCUGUGACAGGCAGUUGGUGGAGGGUGAGGAGAGGCACACUAUCUGAUGCACAUUGGCUUACACCAAACUCAUUUCAUUGAGGGUAGUGUCUGCUUGUUUUAUAUCCUUUCAAUUUGUGUCCAAUUAACACCUAGACAACCAGGUGAGGGGAGUUAAUACAAAUGAGUGUCCUUGAUUGAUCAAUUAAGUACAAGGGAGGCGUGAACGUGCACACACAGCCCUCCAUGGAAUGAGUUUGACGCCUGUGGCUUAGUCUUUGUGGUGUGGAAUAUAUGUAAAUAUUUAAGGGUUAUCAGAUCUGCGUCAGACCUACAAAGCGUCCACGAUUCACACAGAAUGGGGCUUAAUUACGCAUCUCUUUCUCAAUCGACUUCUAUUACACCGUCGACUUCUAUUACAUCCAGGCUCUGUCGCAGCCGGCCGCGACUGGGAGACUCAUGGGCGGCGCACAAUUGGCCCAGCGUCGUCCAGGGUAGGGGAGGGAAUGGCCGGCAGGGAUGUAGCUCAGUUGAUAGAGCAUGGCAUUUGCAACGCCAGGGUUGCGGGUUCGAUUCCCACGGGGGGCCAGUAUAAAAAAAGAUGUAUUCACUAACUGUAAGUCGCUCUGGAUAAGAGCGUCUGCUAAAUGACUAAAAUGUAAAAUGUAAAUGUAAUGGUUGAGACGCCAAGACUUACUCUUAUCACAUCCAAACUACUUUCUUUAUCUUCCAAUGACAUAGGAUCCACCAGUCUAUCAAACAGUACAUUUCUGUACUUUUACAAAGUAUUUAACAUUGGCCUCAGACAGAACAAAACACACUCCCUGCUCUGUCAGAAGGAUAAUGUUUAGCUUUAGUGACUCCACUCCAUUGGUCAGGUGGCAGAAGGCACACGAUACAAGUCUGAUUGUUAAGUAAAUGUGUAAAUGAAUAUCUAAAUCUGUUCCAUUUUUUUCCAGAUGAGGAAAAGAAGCUUGUGGAGGAGGUGUUCAACAAUGCUGUAGACUGUCUGUCAGACGACGACAAGAAGCUGCCUCAGGUGAGUACUUCUCAUAGAUUUAUUUGAAAAUAUGCUGGACAAAAUAUGAAUGCAACAUACAAUUUCAACGAUUUUACUGAGUUAAAGUUCAUAUAAGGAAAUCAGUCAAUUGAAAUAAAUUCAUUAGGCCCUAAUCUAUGGAUUUCACAUGAAUGGGCAGGGGCGCAGCCAUGGAUGGGCCUGGGAGGGCAUAGGCCCACUCACUUGGGAGCCAGGCCCACGCACUGAGGAGCCAGGCCCAGCCUAUCAAAAUGUGUUUUCCCCCACAAAAAGGCUUUAUUACAGACAUAAAUACUCCUCAGUUUCACCAGCUGUCCUGGUGGCUGGUCUCAGACGAUCCUGCAGGUGAAGAAGCCAGAUGUGGCGGUCCUGGGCUGGCGUGGUUACAUGUGGUCUGCGGUUGUGAGGCCGGUUGGACGUACGGCCAAAUUCUCUAAAAUGAAGUUGGAGGUGGCUUAUGGUAGACAAAUGAACAUUCUUAUGGUAGACAAAUGAACACUCUGGCAACAGCUCUGGUGGACAUUCCUGCAGUCAGCAUUCCAACUGCAUGCGCCCUCAACUUGAGACAUCUGUGGUAUUGUGUUGUGUGACACAACUGCACAUUUUAGUGGCCUUUAUUGUCCCCAGCACAAGGUGCACCUGUGGAAUGAUCAUGCUGUUUAAUCAGCUUCUUGAUGUGCCUGUCAGGUGGAUGGAUUAUCUUGGCAGAGGAGAAAUGUUCACUAACAGGGAUGUAAACACAUUUGUGCACAACAGUUGAGAGAAAUAAGCUUUUUAUGCAUAUGUAAAAUGUAUCUGUGAUCUUUUAUUUCAGCUCAUGAAACAUGGGACCAACACUUUGGAUGUUGCGUUUAUGUUUUUGUUCAGUAUACAUAUAGCCACUUCAGCCAGAGGCAACAUAUUAAGGAUUACCACAGCAAAGCUCAAAUAAAAUAAAAUACAAUUUUGUUUGUCACAUGCAACAGGUGACACAACCUUACAGUGAAAUACUUACUUACAAGCCCUUAACCAACAAUGCAGUUUUAAGAAAAAUAACUUAAAAAUUAAAGAGCAGCAAUAAAAUAACAGUAGCGAGGGGGUACCGGUACAGAGUCAAUGUGCGGGGGCACAGGUUAGUCAACGUAAUUGAGGUAAUAUGUACAUGUAGGUAGAGGUAAACGAAUUGCAAAAAUCUCUGAAGCUGGAGACUUAUCUCCCUCACUAACUUUAAGCAUCAGUUGUCAGAGCACCUUACCGAUCACUGCACCUGUACACAGCCCAUCUGAAAUUAGCCCAACCAACUACCUCAUCCCCAUAUUGUUAUUUAUUUUGCUCAUUUGCAACCCAGUAUCUCUAUUUGCACAUCAUCUCUUGCACAUCUAUCAUUCCAGUGUUAAUACUAAUUGUAAUUAUUUUGCACUAUGGCCUAUUUAUUGCCUUACCUCCAUAACUUGCUACAUUUGCACACACUGUAUAUAUAUAUUUUCUGUUGUAUUUUUGACUUAGUUUUGUUUUACCCCAUAUGUAACUCUGUUGUUUUUAUCGCACUGCUUUGCUUUAUCUUGGCCAGGUCGCAGUUGUAAAUGAGAACUUGUUCUCAACUGGCUUACCUGGUUAAAUAAAGGUGAAAUAAAAAGUGACUAUGCAUAGAUAAUAAACAGAGUAGCAGCAGCGUCAUUUUGGUGGUCCUCAUACUCUGGUUAGUUGAAUGUGACGGUACACCUGGGGUCUUAUCCCCACAUUGACUGUUCACACACACAGAGAGAAAGCAGCCUGAUUUGCUUGUUUGGAAUAAGGGCUGUUGUCACUUAAAUCAGUGAUUUGGUAGCCUUCUUCUGGCGCCUUGUAAGCCAUUAAAAACGUUCCCCAUUUCCUUCAGCGACCUUUUAUGGACUAAGCUCUCAUCACGCUAAGCUUUUAACUGCUGUGAAGCGUCACUAUUUCAUACACGCCUCAACCAUUUUAUACGCACAACGCAAUGUCAAUAGAGGCACCAGGAAUGCGUCUCCCAUCGCGUUGAACGCCACUAAUAAAGAAGUCUGUGAAAAUUGGGUCUCCUUGCUGUUUGUGGUUGUCUGUGAAUAUCAUAACCACACCACUUAAGCCACAGCAAAGAGCAACCUGAAUAUGAGAGCUUGUUCUGAAAUGGCUCCGCUCAGUGACAUGGUGAGGUAUUUUGGAUGUUCUAAAAGUCGUCUUUUAAGAGGGCGCUGUAAAAGUUUCCACUCUUUUUGUGGCUCCCGCUGGUGGCACACACACACACAGUAUUUUCGUUUCCCUUAAUGCCGUAUGUUCAUGCUGUAUUGGAUUUGUUCUCCUGUGCAGUUGUUUCUCAUAGUGUAGUUUCAUUAGACUCAGCGGUGGGCGUUGGUGUGUUGUGUAGUACAGGUGCAAGGAGAAGGCUGCUACGCUAUGAAAGCCGGCUCAGCAGGCUUGUUAAUGGUCACAAGCAUGUGUGAUCGUGGCUCUGCUAGGGUCAGAGGAGGACAGACACAUUAUUUCCAUUGUCCGUGAGAUGGAUGGCUGGCUCAUGCUAGUGUGAGCAGUUUUUGUAUACAUUUGAUCUGACUUGAUUGUUGUAUAGCUUCACUUUGAUUUAUAUUGUAGUUUGUGCCAGCUUUGGCUUUGUUGUGCUGUCUUUGGCAUAUCUUUGUGCUAUCUUUGACAAGAAAUGUGUUAUUAAUCAAAUGUCUGAUUAUUCUUGCUAUGUGUUUCCAGGUGGAGCACGUCCUGCCUCUACUGAAGAGGGGUAUAGGUAUUCAUCAUGGAGGACUGCUCCCCAUCCUAAAGGAAACCAUCGAGAUCCUGUUCUCUGAGGGGCUACUCAAGGUAGUCUGGAACUCACCUGGAUCUCACUUUGAAUUAUACCAACUGUUGUCAUUCACUAGUUACCCUUUUCACACUAUGGCUCUGACCCCAACCAUUCUGUGCUGGCUCGGAUAUUGUCCUUUCCAGCACGGUUCCAGCAACUAUUAUGGCCAGUACAGCUCUGCUCAUCUCAGCUCGGUAGUGUGAAAAGGCUGUAACCCGAAGGCCUUCCUUUGUGUUUCAAUAGGAGUGAGUGUGCUAAAUGUGACAUUAUCCUCUCUCCACAGGCCUUGUUCGCCACGGAGACCUUUGCCAUGGGCAUCAACAUGCCCGCCCGCACCGUCCUGUUCACCAGCGCACGCAAGUUUGACGGCAAAGACUUCCGCUGGGUAACACUCCUUUUUAAAAAGUCUACUGUUACUUACUUAGCUACUACUUAAUCAUUAGGGAUUUAAAGAUUCACAGAUAUGCAUCGGUCCUGGUUAUUAGGGUUAUGAGUGCAUCGGUCCUCGGGAUCCCAAACCGUCGGUUAGGAAAUCGCUGGUCAAAGCCAGAGAAGAAGAGAAGCUCACUCUGAGUCGGUCAACUUCCAAACGGUCUAAACCAUUCGAUUAUAAGAUGGGGUGAAAUCCAAACUUGUGCUAUAUAGUCAUUGACUAUGUCAUAGCACAUUUUUAAAGAUGCAUAUUGAUACAUUACACUUUUAAUCUGCAAAAAUGACAAAUUAAUUAGCGGGAGAUGUCAGAUCAAAAGUGUGUGUGUGGGGGGGGGCGGGGGGCAUCAGCAGCAGAUGUAUUUUUUAUUAUUAUUAUUUUAGCAGAUUUGAAUUUAGAAUGGAAAAUGUUAGUGCAUCGAAUCAUAUUGAACCGAAUCUCAUCGAUCCUCUAAUCAAACCGAAUUACACUGAAUCGGUUCAAACUAAAACGUAUUGUUCCUGUAUCGUAUCGGAGCCCAUGUAUGUAGAUAUGUAUCAAAUGGUUUUUGAAAGGGAAAGAUGCACACCCCUAUUAAUAAUCUUAGUUCAUGGAGGAACAUAGGACCUGUACAUAGUGCACUGUACUGUCGUCGUAUUCCCCCUCCAGUCAAUGAAGUGUCCAGUUGAUCUUCCAAUAUUCCCAAUCUGUCCUGUUUAACUGGCUAAAUCCAGGACUGUGAUUGUGCCACGUUAGUAAAGACAGGGUCAUAUCAUUUAUGUCAGUGACUGACUGACUCCUCAUGGGGACAUUUUAUUCAUUACACAGUUUCAUCUAGGGCUUUAUCAACAUUUUAAGCUAAACAUUAUGAUCCGUUGUGUCAGCCUCAUUACUUAAAUGUUUUUUGAUGCUAGUGGUUGUAUUAAUUUGGGAUCUAUCGCAUCCCACAACUGUCACAGACUAUGUUUGUAAUAUUUAUUUCUCGCACAGAAUAGAAUACAAUGUGGGAUAGUAGAUGGACAUAGGGUUUUACUGUUCGUUAGGCCUACUCAUCUUGUUGGCUGAUAAAGUAAAUGUGGACAGUUCUUAAUUUUUUCUGUAUGUGCCUCGCAAUUUGAUAAGAACGCAUGCAGUUGCGUCCCCGUUGUAUCCAUCUUCACUUGUAGCCUGUGAAAAAGACCCGAUCACGUGACGGAGAGCCAUGUGAGAGAGAUGUGCUCCCAGUGCUCCCGGUGCGCCCAGCCGGGAGAAGGGAAUUAUGAUUAUUAUAUUCAGCCCAAGGGCACAACGGCCACUGGCUGCAAAAGGCAUGGAUUUUUUUAGGGGGCAUUACGGCCACACAAAGGUGAUGCUGCAGGGAAAUUCGAGGCAUUAUCAAGUGCUUGUCAAAUUGUGAAUGAGCGACUGAUGAAGUGUGUACAGCCUGCGCAAAAACAAAGCAGAGCUCAUGCCUUUCAUGCAACUUUUUUCAAAUCAUCAUUAGUCUCAUCAUGCAGCCUUAGAAUGUAUUAAAAAUCUAAACAUAUAGCCCAGCAUUUGUAUCACAGCUAAAGUUACAUAAAUAACUAAAUUAAGUGUAUAGGAAUACUUGUUUCUUUGUUAAACCACUCAACACAAAAUAGCCGCAUGUGCACACACACUCAAAUACUUUGGAGAAAAUAUCCUUUCUAUUUUAUUCAGCUAUGUUCAAUUGUUUUCUUCAUACUAUAAAAUAAUGCCACGGAAUUCUAAGCAAAUCUUGUCUGCUAAAUGAACUAGUGUAGCCCACAGCCAUAUGGCAUAGCCAGAUCAGGGCCUAACAUAAGGCAACCUCAGAGUAUCCUAUUCUGUUCUUCUGAAAUAGACUAGAUUUUCUUCAUAUAAUGUUUCUUUAGACCUGUCUAAAAUAAAUAAUGGAUUUAUUGUGGUGGAUUUAUUAGACUUUUUUAAAUGUAGACGUUCCAAUGGUCUGCAUCAGUGGCUUGUAGGCUAUGCGUGGAAGCCAGGAGAUGCAAAAUGUGUUUAUGUUAAUUAGCGGUUGAUUACCGUGAGACCGGCAGUUAUUUGCUUGACAAUCACCGGCUGACAAAAUUUCAUGACCGCCACAGCCCUAGUUUCAUCACUCCCUGGAAUGAUUAAUAGCCAUCAUUAGGUUUGGAUAAACACAAUACAGAUGUCUCUAUCUGAGUAAUCCCUGCUAUGUUGUAACCAGACUGACGGAUGAACCAAGGGUUGAUGUAGUGCAGAGUUCUCUCUUUCUGUCUCUGUCUGACUGACUCCUCAUCUUGAGGCUUCCUCAUCAUUUCCGCUGUGUGUGUGAUGCCUUUAUAAAGCCAUGGCGGGAGCCAGUGAGGCUCUGAUGUAAGAUAAACAGCCACGUAUUGUUUAUGUGUGGAGCUGGGUGCCACAGGGACAGUCGUGAAUCAAGCUGUUUGGAAUAAAAGGGCUAGAUUAUUACCCCUUUGGCUCGGGGAUGGGGAGAGAGAGGGGGAGAGAGAGGGAGAGAAGAGCGAUUUGCUAGAUAGAAAGAGGAGCGGAAAGAGAGAGGUGGAGGAAAGAGAGAAGGGAAGCGGCUGUCCAAGAGGCUCGCGAGGAACAUCUGGUGUGGGAGAACUGAUGCCAGAACACCACGCAUGCAGUCAAGGCCUUACCCUCCCUCUCUCGCUCCAUCCCUCCCUCCCUCACAAAGCAAAAGGGAGAGAUCCAGGGCCCCUUCACGGGGUGACUGCCCCUUCUUAGCUCCUCUCUCGCUCUGUCAUGGUGUGUGUGCGUCUCUCAGAGAUUUAAGGAGAGAGUACAACCCCGUGCCAGUGUUAAAAUCAGGACCAAAUGUUGUAGUGCACCAACAAUGCCCAAGAGAUUAGGCUUGAAUCUGCUUGACAAAGGCAUGAACGGAACUGUUUGGAUUUGCUAGUUCGUGGCAGAGCUUGUAAUGUUUAUAAGUCAGACACCAAAUGGAAUCUGGUGAUUAAUCAGGGCCAUGUGUGGCAGGCAGCGUUAGUAAAGCAGAGGGUUUAAAAGCCAAGUGGCCGUUCCAGCUCUUCUCCAUGUUGAUGUUCUGAAGAGGUGUUGGUGCACGUUGCAACUAGCGCUGGCACAAUUACCGUAUAGCCUACGGUUAUUUUUACUAUUUUCUACAUUGUGGAAUAAUAGUGAAGACAUCAAAACUAUGAAAUAACACAUAUGGAAUCAUGUAGUAAAAAGUGUUAAACAAAUCAAAAUAUAUUUUAGAUUCUUCAAAGUAGCCACCCUUUGCCUUGAUGACAGCUUUGUACACACACAAUCCAUGUCUCAGUUCUCUCAAGGCUUAAAAAUCCUUCUUUAACAUGUCUCCUCCCCUUCAUCUACACUAAACAAUCUAGCUUUAGGAACAAACCCCCGCUCAAUGUUCUGGCUCAUAUUUGUUUCAGAAGAAUGCAUUUCACCUCUAAAAGAGAAUCGUCAUUGUUUGAGUAAAUUUAUCUGAUUCAGUACACAUUUCUAAUGACGAUUAGGCCAAAUAGUUUGCCUUCUGUCAUUGAUACUAGCUAGCUACACACUUCCAAACUACUUCUCCCACACAAAAGAUGUCCAUGCCUGUGUGAAUAUUGACGUGGCUGCUAUUUGAGUGUGUGUCUGUGAGCGAGCAAGCCUGUGUGUUUGAAAGAUGUGACUAUUAUUAGUGACAAUGUUAAUGUGUUGUGCUCUGCUCUCUUUCGCGCUCUCUCUCUCUGUUAGAUCACGUCUGGCGAGUACAUCCAGAUGUCAGGUCGAGCUGGCAGGAGAGGGAUGGACGAGAGGGGUAUCGUCAUCUUCAUGGUGGAUGAAAAGAUGAGCCCUGCAGUGGGGAAACAGCUGCUUAAGGUACUGACUAAACACACAAUGCACGCUGUGGCUUUAAAAAGCAGCUGUGUGUGUGUGUCAUUUUCAUACAGAUGGAUCAUCCUCAUAACUUUUCUCCCAUGUGUGUACGUACAGUAUGUCAAUAGACACAUGAAUGAUUGGGAUGCCUGCAGGGUUUGCAUUGAUCUGAUAUAUGUUUUUGACGUUUUAUGAGUCCUACAAGACCUAGUAGUCCAGUUGUAAGAAGACUUUCAGCACCAGAUCAUUAACUCUUGAAUCUUGCACUAAUCCUAACCCCUGCUGGGAUGAUGUCACAAUGGUUCUCGGGCCUAGUGUUUUUAAAAGGACGCAGUCCUCCCCUCCACACACUGUCCGAGUGACAUACAGGCUCUAUGAAUGAUUGCACAGAGGGGGGUAGAGAGGGUAAGGGUUUUACAAGCACAACCUGAGCCAAGAACCCUAAUAUCCUCCUGAGCCACAGUAAUGGAGUGAGUCAGUCGUUUUGGGGUUCUCAACUGGGUCACAGAGCUACUUCCUGACCCUCAGGUCAUUUACACACACACACACACACACACACACACACACACACACAGUCUACCGAAUCGCAUCGUUAAGAGAGCUGUUCAUUUGGCUCCCUAAUUUGCAUACUGCUAGGCGAUUAUCUGCAGAUAAAUUAUGAAAACAUUCAAUGAAGAUGGUGAAUCCUCCUCACUGCAGGAACAAUUCAUAGGCUAGUGGAUCAAUAGCCUCACUCUGGUCCAAAAUAUGAUAAAAGAAAACAGAUUGAAUUGUUUUAAAAGCUAAUGUUUCUAAUAUGGUAUUUUCAAAGAAUGAUAUAUAUCAUUGAUUUAAUCAAAGUGUUGACAAUGGGGGUAGUCAACUGCUGCUUUCUGUGUAGCAAAGCCCAUGAUUAACACCUGUUUCGUUCUUCAAUUAUACCGGUAUUGCAGAUAGCUGAGAAAAUUAUUUCACUAAUUUAACUGACGUCGUUCUAUCUCUUCUCUGAACAUGUAUGGACCCAGAACUUAAUUGAGCAUCUGUUCUGUUUAUUUUAGAGACCCAUUUUUCCAUUAGAAAGUGCCCAUCACACAGUUUAUUUGAAAUGUUACCUUUUUAUUUUUUCACAAUAGUUUGGGCUAUUUACUAAAUUGUUCUGUUUUAAUAAAAUGCAUAAUUUGAAGAACAAACAUAAUUGUGGCAAUUCAUUCCUUGCAGUAAAAUACUUUAAUUUCAAGCAAAGACUGGUUAAAUGUCGUAAAGGCCUAGACGAUAUCCCAAAAAGUGAACAAUACACUGAAUUCAUACAUUUUCAGUAUUUGAAAUUGUAAACACAAUACCACAACAAAUUUGUCCAAUCUGUGAGGUAAACUCAACAAUAAAGUAUUCAAUAAUUUAGCUGUGUAUUUCGGAUGGAAUGAAGGCAUUAGAAUGUACCAGAGGUCACCAAAAUAGAGCUUGUUCGGCAAACAAUUCUUAAACCCGCGGGGGGCUGACCCCCUAGGGGGUCCUGGCUGGCUACUCCAUGUGCUUGUGGAAAACACAUGACAGAUUCAUUGCAGAUAGUGAAAUUUGUCUCAUUUUAAAUGAAUUAUCUGGAGUAGAUCUCAUUUAUCUUCUUACUGUACUGUUGUAAUCGCUUUCUGGAAAUCAUAACUAAAGGAUAUGUUUUGAUUGCGAAAGAAAGAUUCUGCGAAAAUCAAACUGCCCUUGGCUUCAUAGACAAGUGGUCUCAAACAGUUCCUUGGAUAAUACAACUUUUCUGUCGUAAUGUGAUUUCACAAUUUGUUACAUUUAGUCCCUCACCAUCAGCUUAUGUUGAUUUUAAUGAUUGCCAAACUCCAUGUUCAUGUUUCAGUCCCUAACUAGAAGAUUUGUCAGAAUAGGACAUGAUGACAAUGUUUGACUGAUUCAUGGUCUUAAGUUUAAACUGUUCCAUGAGUUGCUCAGCUAUCCUUAGGACAUGCAUUGAAUCAGGGUUAACCAAACACUCCAUUUCAAUUCAGUCAAUUGAUGAAGUAAUCUGAAAUUCCAAUGUUCCUCAUUGAAAAGCAUGACUUGGGUCUUUUGUACCAUACGUUCACUGAGUUACUCAGCUUUCCUUAUGACAUGAGUGUGUCUUUUGAAUGAUCAGCUGAAUGACCAUCUUCUCCCCUGCUCCACCUGAGCUACAACAUCGUGCUCAACCUGCUGAUACGUACCUAUCGGUCUAAACCUGACCUCCUCUCUCCUGUCUUCUCCUUUCUCUCCCCAGGGCUCGGCAGACCCUCUGAACAGUGCCUUCCAUCUCACCUACAACAUGGUUCUCAACCUGCUGCGAGUGGAGGAGAUCAACCCGGAGUACAUGCUGGAGAAGUCCUUCUACCAGUUCCAACACUACAGGGCUGUGCCCGGGGUCGUAGAGAGUGAGUCCAGAUAAGGCCAUCUACUCAAGUCCUAUAUUUGGCUCUCAACCUCUCCAUUGGUUGGGAAUUCCCCUGCUAGUGGUGCUUUAUGCAAGUGAAUAGACCAGAUUGAUUCAGUAGACUGUUCUGAUGAUUUGGUUUGUCCAAAUAUAGUACGAGCAGAGCUUUGUGAAGGCUUGUUUGAUGUCGCCUAGUUGUUGGUGUAUAAUUGACCAUCUUAACGCUAGGAGAGCCAAGAGCGUUGACUCAAGCCAAAUGUACUUUUUAAAUUACUCUACAAUGUCCACCGCCCGUUCUUGACUUUUCCUGAAUACGUCUAUUUAAAACACUGUCAUUGUUAGAAUCUUAAUAUCACAAACAGAAUGUGUUUAUAAGCAGUUUUUAAGAGAACAUGUCAUUUCUUCCCACUGCCCCUCAUUCACAGCAAGUCAUUCACUGGCAGUCAGCCUGCGCAGCUGAUGGCCCAUCGAAACUACACCUAAACUAUAUCGAAACUAAUUUCACACAUAUAAUAAUAGUUAGCCUAAAAACAAGAUUAAAUUGACAAUCGUCUGAUUGGUGAGAAUAUGAUCAAUUGUCAAGUUGUAUAUGAAGAAUCUGAUUAGCAGUGCACCUUGGAAUUGACACAGAGGCAGGUAAACGGAGCGCCAAAAAGUUACUCCUAGUCACUGGCAGGUAAGACGUUUUGAUGUCUGUAUAGUAUCAAAAAGAGCAGAUUCUGCAGUUUCCAAAUCACCUAUCCUUGCCAAACAACGAAAAUGACCCUGUGAGCUCUAUUUCAAAAUAUAACUUUUUGGCAGAAUCUCCGCAAUUCCGUGAACUUGCAACACACAGUAAUUUUUGCAAUAGCAUAUAUUAAAUGUAUUUAUUAGAAUGUUGAAGUUCAAAAGACGCGUCAUUGGCCCUAAGGGGGGGUGGGGGUGGGGGGGGGGGGGUCAAUCGAGGUUAGGCUUUUCUAGUGUUAACGCCUCGUAUAUAUCAUGCAUCGGUGUGAGCUGCUAUUUUUAGCUGCUCGUUCCAUACUGUUGACCAGAAUUACUAGAACGGGAUUCCCCACUCUAGUAAUGUGCAUUCCCAUUCUAGUAAUUAUAUUUCAAUGUGUAUGACUGACUUUCCUCUGAUGUCCACAGAGAUGGCGAAGCUGGAAGAGAUGUAUAACGCCAUAGAGAUCCCCAACGAGGAGAGUGUGGUGACCUACUAUAAGAUUCGCCAACAGCUGGCCAAACUGAGCAAGGAGAUAGAAGAGUUCAUCCACAAACCAAAAUACUGCCUUCCCUUCCUCCAGCCUGGCAGACUGGUCAAGGUUAGAGACCAAACUACUCAUACCACCAACUCAAAUACUUACUAUGUAGCACAACCCAAAGACAAAAUGUACACCACCAUUCUUCAUCUUUUUGUCUUUAUGUGCUGUUCAAAAGGGCUUACACAGAUAAAAUUCAUUAUGUAAACUUAGUUUUUCUCAGAUAAGGAACUAUAUGAGUGUUUGUUGUACAUAUAGAUGUGCCUAUAAAUGUUGACCUAUUUUUCAGGUCAAAAACGAAGAUGCUGACUUUGGAUGGGGCGUGGUUGUUAAUUUCUCAAAGAAGGCAAAUGUGAAGGUACUUUUUAUAAGUUGAAUGUUAUCAGAAAGUAUCUGUAGUUACUUUUAAUACAAAAGUUAUGUUUUCACAAUGUAGAUAAACCUUGUGUUAUAGCUUGUGUUUAUAUAGCAUGUGUUUUGGACUCUGUGUUUAUGCAUUUGUUGUCCUUCAGGUUAGCACAUAAUGCUUAGUGUUGCACCCAUGUUGAGUAUAUGUGAUGGUUUCCCUCCAGGCCAUUAUGGGUGAUGCAGACCCUCUAUAUGUGGUAGAGGUGCUGGUCCACUGCAGUAAGGAGAGUGUGAAGAACACAGCUACAGAGGCUGCCAAACCUGCUGCCGCUGGGGAGAAGGGAGAAAUGCAGGUGUGUACAUGAUGGGAGACGACAUGGUUCCGUCAGAAAUGGCUCCCAAGUGCAGUGGUUCCCCCUCCAAAAAACGUUUUUUUUUUAAGGAUCUCAGGCUUUCAACUUACUCUUAAAAGUUGUAAUAGUAGAAUGCACAAGGUGCAAUUUUGAAAUUGGGUAUUGCAUCAGCAGUUUUCCUCUUGUCAUGUCAGUCAUUGCAGACCUUGGAGAGCUAUUUAUAACUUGUCAGAAAUGUCCAGAUCAUCUUGCCCAUAGUUACUGUUGUAAUGUUUGAGUCACUCAGAUAUCACAUGAACACACAUAAGACAUGGCAAAAUGUGUAGAAUUGCAGGAAAUUGGCUUUAAAAUGGGAAAUAAAUAUAUCCACCCCAGGGUGAAAUGUAUAGAAUUGCAGGGAGAAAAAAUACGUGGCGUGGGAUGUUCCCCAAUGAUGGAAGGGCCAGUGAAAAAGUUUGGCAACCACUACCCUAGUGCACUACUUUUGACCCUAUAUGGCCUCACACAGAGUCAAAAGACCUGAUGGGUUGCCAAUUCAGACAUAGCCAAUUCAUUGCUGUGAUAAAAUAAUACGACUGGACACUGUGUACUCCUGGUUUGGUGGUCUGCCGCAGGAUGGAAUCCAACAUUGAAGUGGUUGGUUCUAGAAUGUAGACCACACACAAGUCAUUAUGUGAGCGGUUACUACACUGUAACUGUCCUUGAGACUGAAGGAAAUCAAACAUGGCCAAGUCGUUAAUGGUCAUACUGCUGCUGUGCUGUGUCCUAGAGCUUCCCUUUAACUUAAAGCAACAACCACAUAAUGAAAUGGAACACUAUUAUAUCUCGAUGGCAACAUCUCUUGUUUUCAAGAGAAAUUAGCUCGUAUGCUAUGUCAUUAGAGUUAUCUUAUACAGUAUCUUCAUGCUCACAUUGAAACACCAUAAAUGGUGUGGUCGGGAUGGAUACCCCUCGUUUAAAACAUGUAUUUAUUUUCCUUUGGUUUUGUAACCCUCCAUUUAAUAUAAACACCAUUCAAACUUUGAGACUUCUCUCAGUUUAGGUUCAUAUUCAGUCACAUGGGCACAGACACUUAUUUUUUAAAUCUUAUUUCAUCCCUCUCUUUCUCUCCCCUCGCUCUCUCUCCCCCCCUUGCUCUCUCUGUCUCCCCCUCACUAUAUCGCCUGUCCUCUACCCAAAUAGCCACCAGACCUGGGUUCAAAUACUGUUUGAAUCAUUUCAAAUACUGUAUCUGUGCUUAAUUGAGCUUGCCUGUUGCAGUGGAACCAAUAGAAAACUCUCACAUCUACAACACUCGCCCACCUGGCACUCCAGGCAGGCUAAAUCAAACGCUCAAAGAAUUUGAAAAUUUCAAGUACUAUUUGAACCCAAGUUUGCCAAAUACCAUUCAAUUAAACUGCUGCUUCUUUUAAUGCCUGUGCAAGUUUCCUCCAUUUUGCGCUAGUCCCUUUAGAGUCCGUGUCUUGUUAUUUAGUGCAGUCCUCUUGUCCUAAACUCCUCUGUGACCUCUGUCUAGAUCAAGAUGACUUUAGCUGCCUGCCUGUCUCUCGUCUCGUAUUAUUCUUCCAAAUCUCGGAGGAGCCUUUAAACUCUAGCUGAAAAGCUGUCUGGCCCUGCUCUCUGGGCUCGCUCCUGCAAAACCGUUACGAUGAAUCCCUCCACAUUCUCUCCCCUCCACUGUCAAAGUACGGCAAAGUCCCUCUCUCCCCAAGCUCUUCUAGCUCCUCUGUAGCCUGUGCCGUCUGUAUCUGGCAGUGUGUGGACUGGAGGGAUCUGCAGGCCAAUAUCCAGUGGCCUUUCUUGCAUGAAGAAGUACAGGCUAGGGGAUCAAAUUUGAUUUAAAUGAAGAGGUUGAUUAGUUGAAUCGGGUGUUCUGCAGUUUGUGCCAAUGUACAGAUCCCUUAGACUUGUAGACAUAGCAGCAGUCAGGAUUGCAUCUUGGUUCUGUAUAAAACCCCAUUUAGUAAGUGUUCAGGAUCUCCUGAGUCAGUCAAUGAUGAUAGCUAUGAUGACAGCUACAAUGUUGGAUACAAAGUAAAUAGAUACAAAUAUGAUUGUAUAAUAACAGUAUACAUAAAGUGAUAUACUAAUAUACUUCUGUCCAUUUGGAUUGUUUCUGAUCAGGUGGUUCCUGUGAUGCUCCGCCUCCUGACCUCCAUCAGUUCAGUCCGUCUCUACAUCCCCAAAGACCUGCGGCCUUAUGACAACAGACAGAGCAUGCUCAAAUCCAUACAGGUGAGAACCAGGGAUGCAAACUCGUCACUUUUUGGCAAUAUUUGCCGUUUUGAUCUCAAAAUAGGCCAUCCACAUGAAUCGUGUAGUCUACACGAUCUGGGGGGGGGGGGGGGUCUGACGAAAAAUGAGCAGAUGCAGUGCAUCACCCAUUGAGCUAUAAAAGAGAAAAGUGAACAGAUCUUCUCCCUGUGUGAUCACUAAAUAAUGGUGUAUGUUUCUCAUAUCGAAAUUAAUGACUGAGCACAAUACGUCCCUACGCGUCCUACAAAUUGAAUAUCAGAUAUGUCAUAUCAGAAUGAGUGCUUCAUCCAAUAUCACGUGACAGCUGUCACCAGCCAGCCUCAUCCCCUACCAGCCAUUAGGCAAUCAGCUGCUUCUGUCUGUUCUUUCUCCGCAUCUCCAUCUAUUUUCAAAUGUUAUUUAGCCGUGAUGGCAAGCUGCGGUGUGCAGUCCCCUGUAGCUCAGUUGGUAGAGCAUGGCGCUUGCAACGCCAGGGUUGUGGGUUCGUUUCUCACGGGGGGCCAGUAUGAAAAAUGUAUGCACUCACUUAACUGUAAGUCGCUCUGGAUAAGAGCGUCUGCUAAAUGACUAAAAUGUAAAUGUAAAAUGCAGACAGUGAUGGGGUUUCUGUUACAUUUGUUUAAUUAUUGGAGCAGAUUGCACACGUAUCUUUUCAUUUCGCCUGUAAGAGCGAGCACGCCUGUCUGGCGAGGCUUCGUUGUCACGCAGCCUCUGAGUGCCAUAGAGGAAAAACGGAGCACAAUGAGAGUCAUGCUUGCGCCUUUACAUCACUGAAAAACGUGAGUUUCUAGUCCACAAGUUUUACUGGAGCUUCCUUCUCCCCUUUUUACUGUGAAUCAGGGCACAUUUGUUAUAUACUUUUAUAAACCAUGUAGCGGGCCGCUUUAAACUAAUCGCGGGGUGCGGGUUUUGGGUUUGAUAACAAACAAGCUUGUUUAGUCAUGUUACAUGGCUUGCUAGCUAACAACGUGGUACCAUGGCUAUGCACAUUUGGAUGGCACAGGUAAAACAGAAAAAGGAUAGAUGGCCUGCUCAAAGAGAUGCUUCAAAGGUAGGAUGCAUUUACAAUGCGUUACAAUUUUUAUGUAAUUCUAAGCUAAAUCAGAAUGAAAAAAUCUAUCUUUUUCUGGUGUUCCUUAAAUUCUGUUUAGUGCCUAACUUUUGGGAGCGUUGUGUGUGUGAAAGUGGUGUGAGAGAGAAAGGAUGUGUGUUAGCGAGGGGGGGGGGGGGUGGUCUGUGUGUAAUGUUGACUGAAGAGUAUGCUAAAGAUGGUUUCAUAUAGGCCUAGUGUGUUUUCCCUAUACUACCACAAUGAAAAUGCAGAUCAUUAUGCAUUUAUAUUCCUCACUACAUUCCUCCUGCCCAAUCACAGGUAGGCCUUUGGAUAUGAGCAAAUCAGAUAUUUUCUGCAGUAGUGUUUUCUAUUAUACAUUUAGUGUGAAGUUAAAUUCAAUGUGUUGAAUUGAGUUGAGAUGUGAAUAUCAGGGACAGGUGUUUGUGCAGCACACAUGCAGAACAUAUAGAAAAUGGGAAUACUACUCGGUAUGGUGAUACAUGGCCUGGUAUCACAUCAUUAGUAAAAUGUUGGUAUUGUGGCAACCCCACUUUUUGGGCCCUCACCAGUUUGCAUUCCUGGAGAACACACCACAGUGAUAAAUAUUUAUCAAAGCUACUCGGAGACGUAGGCUCUAUUUCAAUCGUUUUUUCUUAAAAAUCGGUCCUUCGCUAGUGUAAUAAAAGAAAACCGGCGAGGAGAAGAUGGAUGUUUUUAGACAAUUGAGAAAGAGCCUUGGUGUAAUACAGAGGUUGCAUGGGACAUAGGUGACUGUUUUAUAUAUCAUUUAGAUAUAUUUAUUAUAUUUGUCAACGGUUAUCAAAGGCUUUCUCAUGCUUCAUUCUCUGGUCCUGUCCCCACCACACAGGAGGUGCAGAAGAGGUUCCCGGAUGGCGUUCCCCUGCUGGACCCCAUCGAUGACAUGAGCAUUAAGGACCCGGGCCUGAAGAAGGUCAUCCAGAAGGUGGAGGCGUUUGAACACAGGAUGUACUCCCACCCCAUGCACUCUGACCCCAGCCUGGAGGCCGUCUACUCCCUCUGCGAGAGGAAAGCCCUGGUGAGGAUGGGUGGGGUGGUGGUAUUUGGAAUGGUUGGUUGGUUCAUGUCCUGUAGGGCCACACUGCCCAGUGUAUGGCUCGGACCAUAUAAUGUUCUGUCAGUAGUGAUUGGCAUGGCAAUGGGGCUAUGAUGAGGGGUUUGUUUUGUGGAUAGGUUGGGGUUCAAGAAACUUUAUUGACUUUGACAAAAAGUAUUUGAAUGAUUGUGAACAUUGUAUUUUUCUGUUGACGUAAAUCAAAGCUUGUGUACUAUAUCCUCCAAGCGCCCACACACCAAGGCUUGUUUUUUUCAGUCACUUACGUAGAUCUAGCCUAAAUCAGAACCAUUGUGUUUUUGGUCCCUUCCUGUCCGUCUGAGCUGGAAACGGUAAUGUACUGACAGAAACAGACAGGGUGUGGUGAAGGACAAUAUGCGAUGGAAAUGAGAACACUCUCAUUCAUCUAACUUUGGCAGAACAUUCAGCACCAACCGACUGUACCUCUUUUAAUUGGCUAGCUCUAAAAUGCGAAGGAGGGAGAUUUUUAUGAAAUAAGGAGUAAAGUUAAUAGUUGUGUGGCCAAGUACCUGUGAGAGGAUGAGUGUUAAAGAUGCACUAUGCAGAAAUUGCUCUGCUAUUUCCUGGUUACAAAAAUUAAGAGUUCGCCUAAUUUCAGUUUGUGUGAAAACAAGCAAGUAUUGUGUAUAGAAUCAUUGUACCAUCUAAACCUCUGUGAAAUAUAUUUUUCAUAACCAGAAAUAUUGCAUCUUUAGCUGUUUGAAGCUGGUGUACAAAACCGAAACUAAAAGACGCAAACACAUAACUUAAGAACGGGAAUCAUAGAACAUAGAACAGAGCUAUUGCUUCUUAGACUUGCUUUCAAUGAGAGGGACAGAUUUAUAACACCUUUCGAUGUGAAUUUGGUCGGGAAGCCCAAAAAGUUACAUAUUGCAGCUUUAAAGGAAAAAUGUAUCCAAAACCACCCAUUUCUGUAAUUUACAGUAUUAAAUGACACGAUGUGAGAAUAAUAUUUUUUGUGAACAAAGGUUUCAUUUUGUCAUAACUUUGGUAGCAACGUGAAAAUCGUUGUGGAAAUCUGUUGCAGUUCAAGUCGACUACAAAACCCACAAUGCAAUGCUCUCUAUGGGCUGGCUAGCAAACAUGGCUACAUACAAUAAUACCAAAGACAAUAUCAGCAUGUAAAGUAGCUAGUUAGCUGUAAAAUCUCCUAAACAAACUGCACUAUCAAUUUAGGAGUCUACAAUCUCACCAGGUUCAACCUGCAGAUAGAUGUGCCUCACAGAGUGGAGUUUGAUGUUCACAGCGGCAAUGCAAAGGCACCAUACAAUGCACCCUGGACUGAAGAGGCAGACAAAUAGGAGAAAUGUGCUGGGCCCUCUGUUAAAUUACACAUUUCUCAAGGUAGUAAUAUGGCAAAAAUAUGAUCAAUGACUCAUUCCAGAGAAGACAACCUCCCGCGACAUCGUCCAGUAUUGCAAUUUGAUGUCCUAUUAACUUCCAGUGUAGUGAGAGCAGCUUUAUCACAAUGAUACGUCAUACUGGCUGAAUUUCUGGCUGCUUGAAUGGCAAUAACUCAGAUAUACAUGAAAUGACCCUGGAAUCGAUAGAACAUCGCUCAGAGAUGCACAAAAACAAUAUAGCAUUCACGUGCGUAGCUUGUUUGUGUAUGGGUCCCGGUUAUGGGUCCUGUCUGGCUCAGUUUGUAGAGAAUGGUGCUUGCAACGCCAUGGUUGUGGGUUUGACUCCCAUGGGGGACCAGUACACGGGGGGGGAGUAUGAAAAUGUAUGCACUCACCACUGUAAGACUGUUUUCACAUAUAUUCCUCUUCAUAAGAACUGAUCUCAGUCAUCUUUAAAGUGAACUCUGGGGUAAAAAAAAAAAAGCAAAAUAACUCUGUUCUCUUUGUAUACACACUGUCUUUGAAUGAGGACUCAACUCUUUUGCCAGUUCACUUCACCUAUUUUAUGGGCUGAGUCCUCUUUGCAUUCACAUUGCUAUGUUUAGAAGGAACCAAGAUUUUUUUCCCAACAUUCACUCAAUGCACUCUGCUAGAUAUGCCCACUUACAUUUGGAAGCUAAUAGAUUGCAUUUAGUUAAAAUAUUAUACAUAAUUGUCAUCAACAGAUAAUAUUAACAUUUAAUAUGAUUGGUAACAGAAUAAAUAACUGAAGAAUAAUUGCAGAUUAAAUAAUGCUGUAAUUGAAAAUUGUACACCCAAUGUAGGCUACUGCCCCUAGAAUUGAUUUUGUACCCUAUGUAGUAAUUCUCACCAAAUAUGUUGUCUUCGCACACUAUUCAAACCCCACAAUCGAAUAAACAACUUAUGAUGCUCUCUUAGCCUAUAGAUCACAUAUUGCAAACAAAUAAUCUGAACCAAAAACUAUUUCUGUGCAUCCUUGAUAAUCAAUAUCUAGAAACGACACGUUUUUUCCAUGAACCUUCUCCUUUGUGGCACCAAUGGCGUUAUGGCAGUGGAAAUGGUGUUGCAGUAGUUUAGUGUGUGGUGCGGGAAUAAUGGCAAGCGAACCUGGGGAGCUUUGUGUUCACAUUGCCCUAAAAAAGGGUACCGGACCACGGAAUUCAAGGGAACCGAACUCAGACCACCUCUCGAGAUGGUCUGUUUGGUUCGCUUCGGGGCUCUUUUGAGGGGUCUGAGUUCCUUUAGUGUUCACACUGCACAAAAAAAUUUGCGAACCGCACUGAGUACACAAAAAUUGUCUGAAAGGGAUCAAGUGUGAACACACUGAGUCUCUUUGGAGAAAAGUGUCUGCUAAAUGACAAAAAUGUAAAUGAAAAAUCAAAGCUGCAAAGAGGCUCAAUGUGUAGCAAGUGGAGUGCGAGUUUUCAAAUGCAACGCAAAAUGGAACUAAAUUACGGGAUCAAAAGAGGGAAAGGAGUAGGCUGUAUCUGAAUGGGGUUGGGGAGAAAGCACAGCAUGUAGCCUCAAUUAGCCUAGCUAGCUAGCUUCUCUAGGCUACUCCAGUCAAGACAGUCACUGUUAUAUUGGAUAAUACAUAACAUUGUGGCUGCUACAAGUUAGCUAGUCUUGGCUGUUGCCUUGGCUAACCUUACUUCAUCUCUCUCUCCCUCCGUCUGCUCGGCUCGCUCCCAUCUCUCACACAAGGGCCCCUCUCCAGCUGCAGCAUUAGAGCGCCAGCGUUUCCCUCGCGCAGCAAUGCUCCGGUUAAAAACGUACAUUUAAAAAAACAUGUAGGCCUAUUUAGAACAUCCAGAUAUUUCAAACCCCAUCCUUACCCUACACUUUUACUGUACUGAGUGAUAAUCACUCAGAGCCCACAUCUCGUAACCUGUAUACUCCACAACAUAUGUAAACAAGCUCUGACUCAGUGGGUCAACUAGAGCUGUGGUGACUGAGGUUGCCUACUACUGGUGUUGUUUAGUUGUCCCAUGUUGUUAGUCAGACUCUCCCUGCAGCAUGAUAUAAUGGUGUUUGGGUGAGCCUGUAAUUGGAUAAUGGUUUUAAGCAGGGACAUUUAGGCACGGUGUGUGGCAGAGAGGAAAACACAUGCCUGCAACAGACCAAGACUGUUAACCAACACUAUCUCCGUCUCGGCUGUCAGUCUCGGCUGGGCUGAGCUCUGAUUUGGAUUGAAUGCCUCGGUUUGCAGCUUCAGUCAUGCAAGACAAAUCUUCAUCUGGACUCUGAAAACAUCACUGGACAGAGACUGCACAUUUAGUCACAAUACGGCCUUAUGAUAUGAAUAAAAUGGUACAUUUUAAAUGGAUUGUUCAGCUAAAUUACAAAUGUACAUAAUUGUUUCCUUGAAAGCAGUCUAUGGACAGGGUUGUUUAUUUUCUUCAUAUGGUUCCUUACUAGGGCGCAAUGUGUUUAACAGUGUCAUGUUAUCCUGUCUGUAUGUCAGAUUGCAGGGGACAUUAAAGGAACCAAGCGGGAGCUGAAGAAGGCUCGGACCGUCCUGCAGAUGGACGAGCUCAAGUGCAGGAAGCGCGUCCUGAGGCGUCUAGGGUUCGCCACUUCCUCGGAUGUCAUCGAAAUGAAGGGCCGAGUGGCCUGUGAGAUCAGUAGGUAAGGAAAACAAAAAACACUGGUAUGACUUUACCCGAAUAUAUAAAAAAAAUAUAUAUAUAUAAUGAUACAAUUAAUAAUAACAAUUGGUUUUAUUUUUGUUUCCUCUUUUUAGUUUUUCCAUGUUUUCGCUCUCAAUCACUUUUUUUUAAUAGAAACAAUUCCACAACAAUGCUUAAACCACAUCAAGAGACUACUUUUGAUGUCUGGGAAAAAUAUAAUAAUUUUGUGGGUUUGGGUGUAGUAACCCUUUAAUACAAGUGUGCCCAGCAAGAGACCAUUGUUUGGUUAGCGAUGUUUCUGUGAUUGCGGAGUUUGCAAAGCAAAUGGCCACUCGACUAAUGCAAAUAAUCAUGAUAUCAUUCUCCCAGGUAGGCAUAGGCUACUUUGUUGUUAACAUUUAAUUGAGAAGGUUUUUGGGAAAGCCUUUCCGUCUCUACCAGAAGGUUGUUAUAUUUAGCAUAAUUGCUAACGGCUACAUAGUGUAGACAUACACGUGCACCACGCACACAGACCGGGGCGUUCCUGUUGUGUGUCAAAAAGUUGCAGGAAAAUACGAAUCACUGAUGCAUUUUAAGUGUCUUAUAAUUAACUUGGGCAAAUGUAUGAAUUUUCUACUAAGUUCAAUAUUUUUUUGAAUAUUGUUGAAUUACAUUUUUAUGGUUCCGUGGUUUAGAAAUUGCAUAGUCCCCCCAUUUUAGGAGACCAAAAAUAUUGGGACAAAUUCACGUAUGUGUAUUAAAGUAGUAAAAAGUCCCAUAUUCAUAGCACACAAUGACUACAUCAAGCUUGUGACUCUACAAACUUGUUGGAUGCAUUUGCUGUUUGUUUUGGUUGUGUUUCAGAUUAUUUCUAGCCCAAUAGAAAUUAAUGGUAAAUAAAGUAUUGUUAUUUUGGUGUCACUUUUAUUGUAAAUGAGAAUAGAAUAUGUUUCUACUCACUUCUACAUUAAUGUGGAUGCUACCAUGAUUACGGAUAAUCCCGAAUGAAUAGUGAAUAAUAAUGAGUGAGAAAGUUAGAUGCACAAAUAUCAUAUUGGAGCUCACUGUAUUCCCAAAUAAAUGUAUUCUCAAACAUGUUAUUUUCUCUGUUAAGCUGUGUGCACUGAACUGACAUGAUUGUUGACACUCCGAUGUUCAGAUGAAGUGAAUGAAAUAGUCUAUCAUGCGCACCACCGCCGCGCUCAACUCAGACAGCAGUGUGUAGCCUGCUGUAGCUUCUGGUAAAGUAAUUCAAAGCCUCUACUUUAUCAAUCAGGAUGUUACUUUCCAGUGCUACUAUUUUUGCCAUGUAAUGUGAUUAAAACACCAUCAGACAACCUCAUAGUAGAAUAGUUUACCUAUUUAGCUAGUCGGCUUGUUGAUGUGUGUUCUAUGCAAGAUAAAUAUUCCUCUCGAGGCGCUUUCAAAUUGCGAGAGCCAAAGGGAGGGAAACAUUUAUUCUGACAAGCAGUUUAACAACAAUUCCUAAUGCAAUCGCGGGAAAACACUUUUGAAAGCAGUUUUGUCCUUUGUUAAAAAGAGGGGGGUCCUAGUUUUCUAUUGCUACCACGUUAUUUCUUUACUCCUUCAAUUGCACGAGUGGCAUCAUUUUACAAAUGGUUACAACUGCAGUUUCAAGCAUGGUGGAGCAGCUGCGCAACAGUAGUGAUGGGUUGUUCACAAACCAUUUUGGGUGAACGUCGGGAACCGAAUUGCAUAUUUUAAAGAGCUGUUCAUUUGGCUCCCAGCCCCCUGAUUUGCAUUCUGUUACUAUUGCUGUUUGAAUUCCAGACAUCGACUAUCUGGAGAUAAAUUAUCAAAACAUUAUCUGAAGAUGGUAAUUCCUCAGUGCAGGAACAAUAUGGUGAGGGAGAGCCUCAUUCUGGUCCACGCUAAUUUUGCAGGCCAUCUAAUAAUUUGGUCAGGUAAAAAAGGAUUUGAACUGACAUUUCACAAUCUGACAUAAUGGUAAGCAACGUUUUAGACUUUAAAUUAAUGGUUUUAGGUCAAUUUCUAAGCAUUACUGAACGAAGAGCCGUUUGGGAGCCAAAUGAACGUCACUUUUUAGGUGAAUGUAGCCAAAUGAUUCGGCUCACAGAAAAUACUCGAAUGCCCAUCACUACGCAAAGGGGACAAUGAUAUCUUAAAAGGGCAAUGACAUACUUCGUAAUAAAAACCAAAAACGUAAGAUUUUUCUAGUGAAUAAUAAUUUGUCCAUUAUUUUUAUUUAUAAUGAAAGAAUUAUUAUUAAUAAUAACAAUCAGGAUGUUUCCAAUGGGGUAAAUGCAGAUGCACAAACUCCAUGCUUCAGCCUAUGUACAUUUUAUAGCCACUAUGCUGCAUCAGUUGGGCUACAGGUGAUAAUGCUUAUUGCUAAUAGCACAUCUGAUAAUAUAGACAAUGCAUAGGCUAUAUGCACAGUCCAAUAUGUAAAAAUAAAUGUAUAAGUUUUACCAAUAUGUUUUGGGGAUAAUUUCUGGAAGUGGACAUUAUAUUUAUCUGCAUAAUUUUAUUUUCAUUCAUUUUGGAGUAUAAUGUCCUUUUAAAAAGUCACCAGAACUGAGCUUCUCAGUCCUUCUAUAUAAAAUGUAUCCCGCAAGGGGACUGGAAUUGGCCAAACUCGCAGUUUAAUACAGGUACAAAAUAAUAUUUCCCUAAAAGCGUGAUGGUCAUGACUUUCUUACAUGAAAGGGGAGGUUAACUUGGCCCAAGACAAUCCAUCUGAGAUCGAAUUAAGUUUGUCAUGGGAUAAUUUUUGUUGCUUUAACCCCUGGCUGAUGAGCUGCUGAUGACUGAGAUGGUGUUCAGCUGAUCUUAGAACAGUUAUCUAUAUUAACAUGCUGUUAAAAAAACCUCUGUCACUGACUGAUCUGAGACCUGUUUGAUCCAGUGCUGAUGAGCUGCUACUGACUGAGAUGAUGUUCAACGGCCUGUUCAACGAUCUGACUGCAGAACAGGUUACCGCUCUACUCAGCGUCUUCGUCUUCCAGGAGAAUGUAAGACGCACGCACACACUACUUUUCCUACGUAAUCAGAUAAAACAUACUUUUGGCCAGAUAGACAACAUCCUUCUUUCCCACACUCUUCAACUUCAAACGUCGUCACGACGUUUCUUACACCGUUCACUAAAAGCACUCUAACCUAUUACUUCAAGUCUGAUAGUAGCCUAAUGUCCCCAUAUCUUGAAUUUUAUGUUUUUUUUGAUGAAUCAAAUCCUCAAUACAUCAACUUGAUGCUUCCUCUCCCAACAAGGAAUUCCUGUGUAAAAUGUUUGAAAACUUUGUCUUGGCUUCCUAAAUGAUUGACCUCCCCACUAACAAAUUCCACUCUGUAAACUCCAUCGUACAGGCAGUUGGUCACUCUGGGAUGUUUCUCCUCUCUGAGUGUUCAUUGUUCACUGUAAGCUGGGCGAUACAGCGCCACAGACUCUUCACUGCUGGUCCCAGUAUGGCAGCCCUCACGUUAGGAUGUGUUCCAACUUAGUGAUGGGGUGUGAAAUGCCUGGAGUCAUGGUCUUGCUACCUCCAUGUGUUUGUGUAUCAUAGUGUAAUGACAGUACAGGUGUAUUCAUCAGCAAAGGUCUAGUGCAGUGUGUGCAUCAUCAAGUCAAGAAUACAUUUAAGGGUCUAGCUCUGUGUUUGUGUAUUAUCAUGUCAACUGUCUAUACUUUAAUUUAGUUUUAGGCUUCUAUAUGUAUCAUGUCAUAUAUACUGCCUGCAAGUCUUUCUCUCUCUCUCUCGUGCCUCUGUUGUCUGUUAGCAGAUCAGCUCUGUGACAUUCACAUGCAGCUGUCGUCCAGUGUCCUGUCGCCCCACUGCCCUGCAUAAAGGCUACAGUGUGUUGUAUGUUGAUAUUUAUGCAGCUGCUCCCUCUCCUCUGUUGCUUCUACCUAAUGCUGCUGCUGGAGAGGAUGGUGAGGGCGCAGACAGGCAGAGCAGAUCUCAUGACAGGCUAAAAACACCAGGGCUUUUUGGGGCGUCACACAGGGCACUGAGCCAGAGAGAGAAUAGGCUUGGGAGUAGGGCACAGAGAGGGGAGAGGGGCCUGAGGCACUACCAUAGGAGAGUGGGAAAUGGGAUCAAGAAAACAGUCACACAUAUUUAUUAUUUCCCUCGAACAAGUGGGAAACUUUAUAAAGACAAAAAGUGGGGGAACAGUCUUGUAUCCCCCCCUCCGCAUCUGCAGGAGGUAGACUUUCACUUCACCACUCUGACCCUUUAAAAGUUCAAUGCAGCAGUUUUUAAUCUCAAUAUCAAAUCAGUUUUGAGUAACAAUUAAGUACCUUACUGUGAUUGUUUUCAAUUAAAAUGGUCAAAAAAACUAAAAUCGCUUCUUAGCUAACCGCUAUUUCUCAAGCAAGAAUUUUGUUAAGACUGUCUGGGAGUGGUUUGAGUGGGGAGGGGAAAACUGAAAAUUAGCUGUUAUUGGCAGACAGAUUUGGAACUUUAUUUCUUAUUGGUCUAUUAAAGGAAAAUCCACCCAAAAACUGUAUAUUGGUUUUUGUUUCAUUAGUCCAUUGUUGAUAUAGUCCCAAAAUGUUUUGCAUGUCAGAAAUCAAGUUUUCAAAAAGGUACAGUACCUGUCAAAAGUUUGGACACACCUACUCAUUCAAGGGGUUUCCUUUGUUUUUACAAUUUUCUACAUUGUAGAAUAAUAGUGAAGACAUCAAAACUAUGAAAUAACACAUAUGGAAUCAUGUAGUAACCAAAAAAAGUGUUAAACAAAUCAAAAUAAAUUUGAUAUUUGAGAUUCUUCAAAUGGCCACCCUUUGCCUUGAUGACAGCUUUGCACACUAUUGGCAUUCUGUCAACCAGCUUCAUGAGGAAUGCGUUUCCAACAGUCUUGAAUGAGUUCCCACAUAUGCUGAGCACUUGUUGGCUGCUUUUCCUUCACUCUGCGGUCCAACUCAAAUUUCAAACCAUCUCAAUUGGGUUGAGGUUGGGGGAUUGGGGAAGCCAGGUCAUCUGAUGCAGCACUCCAUCACUCUACUUCUUGGGCAAAUAGCCCUUACACAGCCUGGAGGUGUGUUGGGUCAUUGUCCUGUUGAAAAACUAAUUAUAGUCCCACUAAGCGCAAACCAGAUGGGAUGGCGUAUCGCUGCAGAAUGCUGUGGUAGCCAUGUUGGUUAAGUGUGCCUUGAAUUCUAAAUAAAUCACAGACAGUGUCACCAGCAAAGCACCAUCUCACCACCUCCUCCAUGCUUCACGGUGGGAACCACACAUGCGGAGAUCAUCCGUUCACCUACUCUGCGUCUCACAAAGACACGGCGGUUGGAACCAAAAAUCUCCAAUUUGGACUCCAGACCAAAGGACACAUUUCCACCGGUCUAAUGUCCAUUGAUUGUGUUUCUUGGCCCAAGCAAGUCUCUUCUUCUUAUUGGUGUCCUUUAGUAGUUGUUUCUUUGCAGCAAUUCGACCAUGAAGGCCUGAUUCACGCAGUCUCUGAACAGUUGAUGUUGAGACGGGUCUGUUACUUGAACUCUGUGAAGCAUUUAUUUGGGCUGCAAUCUGCGGUGCAGUUAACUCUAAUGAACUUAUCCUCUGCAGCAGAGGUAACUCUGGGUCUUCCUUUCCUGUGGCGGUCCUCAUGAGAGCCAGUUUCAUUAUAGCACUUGAUGUUUUUUGCGACUGCACUUGAAGAAACUUUCAAAGUUCUUAAUUUUCCAUAUUGACUGACCUUAAUGUCUUAAAGUAAUGAUGGACUGUCUUUUCUCUUUGAUUAUUUGAGCUGUUCUUGCCAUAAUAUGGACUUGGUCUUUUACCAAAUAGGGCUAUCUUCUGUAUACAACCCCUACCUUGUCACAACACAACUGAUUGGCUCAAACGCAUUAAGAAGGAAAGAAAUUCCACAAUUUAACUUUUAACAUGGCACACCUGUUAAUUGAAAUGCAUUCCAGGUGACUACCUCAUGAAGCUGGUUGAGAGAAUGCCAAGAGUGUGCAAAGCUGUCUUCAAGGCAAAGGGUGGCUACUUUGAAGAAUCUCAAAUAUAAAAUAUAUUUUGAUUUCUUUAACACUUUUUUUGGUUACUACAUGAUUACAUAUGUGUUAUUUCAUAGUUUUGAUAUCUUCGCUAUUAUUCUACAAUGUAUAAAAUAGUAAAAAUAAAGAAAAACCCUUCAAUGAGUGUCCAAACUUUUGACUGGUACUCUAGUUUUUGGGUGGAGUUUUCCUUUAACUAAUUUAACUUUCUUAUUGGUCUAACUAAUUUACCACAUGGUGAUGUCACCAGGCAGGUCAAAACUCCAUCCAACCAAAACAGGCUGAAAUUUCAGGCAGUCUUUUCAAACAGCCCUUACACUAAAAGGACAUUAUCAUACGUUUCACAGUUUUAUUCCAACCUCAUAGUGUGGAGAAUAUAUAUAUAUAUAUAUACACACACACACACACACACACACACAGUGGGGAGAACAAGUAUUUGAUACACUGCCGAUUUUGCAGGUUUUCCUACUUACAAAGCAUGUAGAGGUCUGUAAUUUUUAUCUUAGGUACACUUCAACUGUGAGAAAAAUCACAUUGUAUGAUUUUUUAAAUAAUUAAUUUGCAUUUUAUUGCAUGACAUAAGUAUUUGAUGCAUCAGAAAAGCAGAACUUAAUAUUUGGUACAGAAACCUUUGUUUGCAAUUACAGAGAUCAUACGUUUCCUGUGGGUCUUGACCAGGUUUGCACACACUGCAGCAGGGAUUUUGGCCCACUCCUCCAUACAGACCUUCUCCAGAUCCUUCAGGUUUCGGGGCUGUCGCUGGGCAAUACGGACUUUCAGCUCCCUCCAAAGAUUUUCUAUUGGGUUCAGGUCUGGAGACUGGCUAGGCCACUCCAGGACCUUGAUAUGCUUCUUACGGAGCCACUCCUUAGUUGCCCUGGCUGUGUGUUUUGGGUCGUUGUCAUGCUGGAAGACCCAGCCACGACCCAUCUUCAAUGCUCUUACUGAGGGAAGGAGGUUGUUGGCCAAGAUCUCGCGAUACAUGGCCCCAUCCAUCCUCCCCUCAAUACGGUGCAGUCGUCCUGUCCCCUUUGCAGAAAAGCAUCCACAAAGAAUUAUCUUUCCACCUCCAUGCUUCACGGUUGGGAUGGUGUUCUUGGGGUUGUACUCAUCCUUCUUCUUCCUCCAAACACGGCGAGUGGAGUUUAGACCAGAAAGCUAUAUUUUUGUCUCAUCAGACCACAUGACCUUCUCCCAUUCCUCCUCUGGAUCAUCCAGAUGGUCAUUGGCAAACUUCAGACGGGCCUGGACAUGCGCUGGCUUGAGCAGGGGGACCUUGUGUGCGCUGCAGGAUUUUAAUCCAUGACGGCGUAGUGUGUUACCAAUGGUUUUCUUUGAGACUGUGGUCCCAGCUCUCUUCAGGUCAUUGACCAGGUCCUGCCGUGUAGUUCUGGGCUGAUCCCUCACCUUCCUCAUGAUCAUUGAUGCCCCACGAGGUGAGCUCUUGCAUGGAGCCCCAGACCGAGGGUGAUUGACCGUCAUCUUGAACUUCUUCCAUUUUCUAAUAAUUGCGCCAACAGUUGUUGCCUUCUCACCAAGCUGCUUGUCUAUUGUCCUGUAGCCCAUCCCAGCCUUGUGCAGGUCUACAAUUUUUAUCCCUGAUGUCCUUACACAGCUCUCUGGUCUUGGCCAUUGUGGAGAGGUUGGAGUCUGUUUGAUUGAGUGUGUGGACAGGUGUCUUUUAUACAGGUAAUGAGUUCAAACAGGUGCAGUUAAUACAGGUAAUAAGUGGAGAACAGGAGGGCUUCUUAAAGAAAAACUAACAGGUCUGUGAGAGCUGGAAUUCUUACUGGUUGGUAGGUGAUCAAAUACUUAUGUCAUGCAAUAAAAUGCAAAUUAAUUACUUAAAAAUCAUACAAUGUGAUUUUCUGGAUUUUUGUUUUAGAUUCCGUCUCUCACAGUUGAAGUGUACCUAUGAUAAAAAUUACAGACCUCUACAUGCUUUGUAGGUAGGAAAACCUGCAAAAUCGGCAGUGUAUCAAAUACUUGUUCUCCCCACUGUAUGUAUGUGUAUGUGUGUAUGUAUGUAUGUAUGUAUAUGUAUGUAUGUAUGUAUAUAUAUAUAUAUGUAUAUAUAUAUAUAUAUAUAUAUAUAUAUAUAUAUAUAUAUAUAUAUAUAUAUAUAUAUAUAUAUAUAUAUAUAUAUAUAUACACACACAUACUAUAUAUAUAUACACAUACUACCGUUCAAAAGUUUUGGGUCACAUAGAAAUGUCCUCGAAAGUUUUCGAAAGAAAAGUAGUUGUUUUGUCCAUUAAAAUAACAUCAAAUUGAUCAGAAAUACAGUGUAGACAUUCCCCUCAGGAGACUGGAAAGAUUUGGCAUGGGUCUCCAGAUCCUCCAAAAAUUCUACAGCUGCACCAUCGAGAGCAUCCUGACUGGUUGCAUCACCGCCUGGUAUGGCAACUGCUCGGCAUCCGACCACAAGGCACUACAGAGGAUAGUGCGUACGGCCCAGUACAUCACUGGGGCCAAGCUUCCUGCCAUCCAGGACCUGUAUACCAGGCGGUGUCAGAGGAAGACCCAAAAAAUUGUCAAAGACUCCAGCCACCCUAGUCAUAGACUGUUCUCUCUGCUACCGCACGGCAAGCGGUACCGGACCGCCAAGUCUAGGUCUAAAAGGCUUCUUCACAACUUCUACCCCCAAGCCAUAAGACUCCUGAACAGCUAAUCAAAUGGCUACCCGGACUACUUGCAUUGUUCCCCCCACCACCACCUCUUUUACGCUGCUGCUACUCUGUUGUUUAUUGUCUAUGCAUAGUCACUUUAACUCUACCUACACUACCGUUCAAACGUUUGGGGUCACUUAGAAAUGUCCUUGUUUUCUAUGAAAACAUACAUGAAAUGAGUUUAAAUAGGAAAUAUAGCAAAAUGAAUAGGAAAUGUAGUCAUUGACAAGGUUAGAAAUAAUGAUUUUUAAUUGAAAUAAUAAUUGUCCUUCAAACUAUGCUUUCAUCAAAGAAUCCUCCAUUUGCAGCAAUUACAGCCUUGCAGACCUUUGGCAUUCUAGUUGUCAAUUUGUUGAGGUAAUCUGAAGAGUUUUCACCCCAUGCUUCCUGAAGCACCUCCCACAAGUUGGAUUGGCUUGAUGGGCACUUCUUACGUACCAUACGGUCAAGCUGCUCCCACAACAGCUCAAUAGGUUUGAGAUCUGGUGGGUGGGGGGGGGGGGGGGGGGGGGGGGGGGAAUAGGCUUUGUCGUGCCCUCUUCAUGACUGUCUUGGUGUGUUUGGACCAUGAUAGUUUGUUGGUGAUGUGGACACCAAGGAACUUGAAGCUCUCAACCUGCUCCACUACAGCCCCGUCGAUGAGAAUGGGGGCGUGCUCGGUCCUCUUUUUCCUGUAGUCCACAAUCUCCUUUGUCUUGAUCACGUUGAGGGAGAGGUUGUUAUCCUGGCACCACACAGCCAGGUCUCUGACCUCCUCCCUAUAGGCUGUCUCAUCGUUGUCGGUGAUCAGGCCUACCACUGUUGUGUCGUCGGCAAACUUAAUGAUUGUGUUGGAGUCGUGCCUGCCCAUGCAAUCAUGGGUGAACAGGGAGUACAGGAGGGGACUGAGCACACAUCCCUGAGGGGCCACCGUGUUGAGGAUCAGCGUGGCAGAUGUUGUUACCUACCCUUACCACCUGGUGGUGGCCCGUCAGGAAGUCCAGGAUCCAGUUGCAGAGGGAGGUGUUUAGUCCCAGGGUCCUUAGCUUAGUGAUGAGCUUUGAGGGCACUAUGGUGUUGAACGCUGAGCUGUAGUCAAUGAAUAGCAUUCUCACGUAGGUGUGCCUUUUGUCCAGGUGGGAAAGGGCAGUGUGGAGUGCAAUAGAGAUUGCAUUAUCUGUGGAUAUGUUGGGGCGGAAUGCAAAUUGGAGUGGGUCUGGGGUUUCUGGGAUAAUGGUGUAGAUGUGAGCCAUGACCUGCCUUUCAAUCACAAUCUCGGAGAUCUAUGGACAGUUCCUUGGACUUCAUGGUAUAGUUUCUGCUCUGACAUGCGCUGUCAACUAUGGGACCUUAUAGACAGUUGUUUCUUUCUAAAUCAUGUCCAAUCAAUUGAAUUGGCCACAGGUGGACUCCAAUCAAGUUGUAGUGACAUCUCAAGGAUGAUCAAAGGAAAUUGGAUGCACCGGAGCUCAAUUUGGAGUGUCAUAGCGAAGGGGUAUGAAUACUUAUGUACAUGAGAUUUCUUUAUUCCAUUUUCAAUACAUUUGUUAAUAUUUCUAAAAACAUGUUUUCACUUUGUUAUUAUGGGGUAUUAUAGUGUAGAAGGGUGAGGAAAAAAUAUAUCAAUUUAAUCCAUUUUGAAUUCAGGCUGACACAACAAAAUGUGGAAUAAGUCGAGGGGUAUGAAUACUUUCUGAAGGCACUGUAGCCUUCACAGUAGAAAUGAUGAGGUAAAGAAACAGAAGACUGCCCCCUCCCAUUACUGAUGUAGCUCACUCUGCAUGUUUCUUCUUAAAUCAAUCACCUAGUAAUGUUUUGACACUUUUCUUAUUAGGAGUACUAAGGGCGGAGACAGACCAAUACUCCUGCUACCAAGUGCCUCUUACCACAGUAUCAGCCAACAUUUUUUGUUUUUCAAAUUAUUCUAGAUGUUGAAUUGGUAAAAACACGUUCGCUCCUUGACACCCAGCAGGUGGUCGCGGUGUGUCCAAAGCUUUAGACUAACGUCAUCAUGUUGUGUUUCUGUUCUCUUCCUUCUCUCAGGCUAGCGAGAUGCCCAAGCUGACAGAGCAGCUGGCUGGACCACUGAGACAGAUGCAGGUAAACAUUAUUCACUACACAGCAGAAUAAGCUCUGUCCUGGGGGUUAGCAUACGUUACAAAGCAGGAUCAAUAUGUGUGACUGGUCAAAAGUAGUGCUCUGCAUACAGUAGGGAAUACAGUGCCAUUUGGGAUACAGCCAAUGAGUGUAGCAGCUCGCUUUUCUAAAUAUGAUUUAAAUAACUUCAUAAUUCUGCUUUGUGAUACACCCCUCAGACCUGGUUUAGUCUGCUUUUCUGAUGUGUGGUUUCUAACACUAAGCUCAGGCUGUUUGUGAACCAAAGCAUACACCGGCAUGUGACUUGGCAUCCAACCAGUCUACCUAGUCUGACUUACUGCUGUUUCCUGUCAGCACUGCCAAGCCAGCUAGAGUCUAGGCGGACAGUCUACAACCUAGAUGUUUGGUGAAAGAUAAAAGAUUGGGUCUCCCUGUCUGAGUGUUUGCCUUCAUGUGAAUGGAUGUUUGCUGAAAUAGCAUCAUCAAAGAGUAAGAUGGGCUAUGUACUUUUAAUUCGUACUUGUUUUCCCUUUUAAAUUGUUUUAUUGUUUCUUUUUUAUGUUAGCCUAUACCCUAUAGCUAUGUAUGUCGGUAAAUGGUUGUAUCCCAAAUGUAGUGCUCUACUUUUGACCAGUAUACAUAGGGCUCAGGUCAAAAUUAGUGCACUAUAAAAGUAAUAGGGUGCCAUUGUGCAUGCAGCAUUUGACUGUCAUAUGGAUGUAAUAAAAUCUUGAAUUUAUGUCUGGUUGUUAGGAGUGUGCCAAGCGCAUUGCCAAGGUGUCUGCGGAGGCUAAGCUGGAGGUGGAUGAGGAGACCUACCUGGACAAGUUCAGGCCUCACCUAAUGGACGUGGUCUACACCUGGGCUAACGGAUCCACCUUCGCACAGAUCUGCAAGAUGACCGACGUCUUUGAAGGUAACUCACCUGGCUAACCUCUGACGCUCUAAUAUAUGUCCAGUGCCUAUGAAAUGGACAGCGCUCUCCAAACGUUCACUGCCGGUCAAAAGAACACCUACUCAUUCAAGGGUUUUAUUUAAACUAUUUUCUACAUUGUAGAAUAAUAGUGAAGACAUCAAAAGUAUGAAAUAACACAUGGAAUCAUGUAGUAACCAAAAAAGUGCCUUGAUGACAGCUUUGCACACGCUUGGCAUUCUCUUCAUGAGGUAGUCACCUGGAAUGCAUUUCAAUUAACAGGUGUGCCUUCUUAAAAGUUAAUUUGUGGAUUUUAUUUCCCUCUUAAUGCGUUUUAGCCAAUCAGUUGUGUUGUGACAGCCCUAUUUGGUAAAAGACCAAGUCCAUAUUAUGGUAAGAACAGCUCAAAUAAGCAAAGAGAAACGACAGUCCAUCAUUACUUUAAAACAUGGUCAGUCAAUACGGAACAUUUCAAGAACUUUUAAAGUUUCUUCAAGUGCUGUUGCAAAAACCAUCAAGCGCUAUGAUGAAACUGGCUCAUGAGGACCGCCACAGGAAUGGAAGACCCAGAGUUACCUCUGCUGCAGAGGAUAAGUUCAUUAGAGUUACCAGCUUCAGAAAUUGCAGCCCAAAUAAAUGCUUCACAGAGUUCAAGUAACAUACACAUCUCAACAUCAACUGUUCAGAGGAGACUGUGUGAAUCAGGCCUUCAUGGUUGGAUUGCUGCAAAGAAACCACUACUAAAGGACACCAAUAAGAAGAAGAGACUUGCUUGGGCCAAGAAACACGAUCAAUGGACAUUAGACCGGUGGAAAUUUGUCCUUUGGUCUGGAGUCUAAAUUGGAGAUUUUUGGUUCCAACAGCUGUGUCUUUGUGAAACGCGGUAUGGGUGAACGGAUGAUCUCUGCAUGUGUAGUUCCCACCAUAGAGCAUGGAGGAGGUGUUGUUGCUUUGCUGGUGACACUGUUAUUUAUUUAGAAUUCAAGGCACACUUAACCAGCAUGGCUACCACAGUGUUCUGCAGUGAUACGCCAUCCCAUCUGGUUUGGGCUUAGUGGGACUGUCAUUUGUUUUUCAACAGGACAAUGACUCAACACACCUCCAGGUUGUGUAAGGGCUAUUUUACCAAGAAGGAGAGCGAGGGAGUGCUGCAUCAGAUGACCUGGCCUCCACAAUCCCCCGACCUCAACUAAAUUGAGAUGGUUUGGAAUGAGUCGGACCGCAGAGUGAAGGAAAAGCAGCCAACAAGUGCUCAGCAUAUGCGGGAACUCCUUCAAGACUGUUGGAAAAGCAUUCCAGGUGGAGCUGGUUAAGAGAAUGCCAAGAGUGUGCAAAGCUGUCAUCAAGGCAAAGGGUGGCUAUUUGAAAAAUCUCAAAUAUAUUUUGAUUUGUAAAACAAUUUUCGGUUACUACAUGAUUCCAUAUGUUAUUUCAUAAUUUUGAUGUCUUUCAUUAUUCUACAAUGUAGAAAAUAGUCAAAAUAAAGAAAAACCGUUGAAUGAGUAGGUGUUCUAAAACUUUUGAAUGGUAGUGUAGUUUUUCUGUUUCCGUGUGGGGUAUUUUUAUUUAUUUUAUUUAACCUUUAUUUAACCAGGUAAGACAGUUGAGAACAAGUUCUCAUUUACAACUGCGACCUGGCCAAGAUAAAGCAAAGCAGUGCGAUUAAAAACAACAACACAGAGUUACAUAUGGGGUAAAACAAAACAAAGUAAAAAAAUACAACAGAAAAUAUAUAUACAGUGUGUGCAAAUGUAGCAAGUUAUGGAGGUAAGGCAAUAAAUAGGCCAUAGUGCAAAAUAAUUUACUAUUAGUAUUAACACUGGAAUGAUAGAUGUGCAAGAGAUUAUGUGCAAACAGAGAUACUGGGGUGCAAAUGAGCAAAAUAAGUAAUAUGGGGAUGAGGUAGUUGGGUGGGCUAAUUUCAGAUGGGCUGUGUACAGGUGCAGUGAUCGGUAAGGUGCUCUGACAACUGAUGCUUAAAGUUAGUGAGGGAGAUAAGAGUCUCCAGCGCCAGAGAUUUUUGCAAUUCGUUCCAGUCAUUGGCAGCAGAGAACUGGAAGGAAUGGCGGCCAAAGGAGGUGUUGGCUUUGGGGAUGACCAGUGAGAGAUACCUGCUAGAGCGCAUACUACGGGUUGGUAUUGCUAUGGUGACCAAUGAGCUAAGAUAAGGCAGGGAUUUGCCAACAGUGAUUUAUAGAUGGCCUGGAGCCAGUGGGUUUGGCGACGAAUAUGUAGUGAGGACCAGCCAACAAAAGCGUACAGGUCACAGUGGUGGGUAGUAUAUGGUGCUUUGGUGACAAAACGGAUGGCACUGUGAUAGACUACAUCCAAUUUGCUGAGUAGAGUGUUGGAGGCUAUUUUGUAAAUGACAUCGCCGAAGUCAAGGAUCGGUAGGAUAGUCAGUUUUACGAGGGCAUGUUUGGCAGCAUGAGUGAAGGAGGCUUUGUUGCGAAAUAGGAAGCCGAUUCUAGAUUUAACUUUGGAUUGGAGAUGCUUAAUGUGAGUCUGGAAGGAGAGUUUACAGUCUAACCAGACACCUAGGUAUUUGUAGUUGUCCACAUACUCUAGGUCAGACCCGUCGAGAGUAGUGAUUCUAGUCGGGUGGGCGGGUGCCAGCAGCGUUCGAUUGAAGAGCAUGCAUUUAGUUUUUAAGAGCAGUUGGAGGCUACUGAAUGUAAAUGUACUGAAGGAGUGUUGUAUGGCAUUGAAGCUCGUUUGGAGGUUUGUUAACACAGUGUCCAAUGAAGGGCCAGAUGUAUACAAAAUGGUGUCGUCUGCGUAGAGGUGGAUCUGAGAGUCACCAGCAGCAAGAGCGACAUCAUUGAUAUACACAGAGAAAAGAGUCGGCCCAAGAAUUGAACCCUGUGGCACCCCCAUAGAGACUGCCAUAGGUCCAGACAACAGGCCCUCCGAUUUGACACAUUGAACUAUCUGAGAAGUAGUUGGUGAACCAGGCGAGGCAGUCAUUUGAGAAACCAAGGCUAUUUAGUCUGCCAAUAAGAAUGCGGUGGUUGACAGUCGAAAGCCUUGGCCAGGUCGAUGAAGACUGCUGCACAGUACUGUCUAUUAUCGAUCGCGGUUAUAAUAUCAUUUAGGACCUUGAGCGUGGCUGAGGUGCACCCAUGACCAGCUCGGAAACCGGAUUGCAUAGCGGAGAAGGUACGGUGGGAUUCGAAAUGGUCGGUGAUCUGUUUGUUAACUUGGCUUUCAAAAACUUUCGAAAGGCAGGGCAGGAUGGAUAUAGGUCUGUAACAGUUUGGAUCUAGAGUGUCACCCCCUUUGAAGAGGGGGAUGACCGCGGCAGCUUUCCAAUCUCUGGGGAUCUCAGACGUUACGAAAUAGAGGUUGAACAGGCUAGUAAUUGGGGUUUCGACAAUUUCAGCGGCUAGUUUUAGAAAGAAAGGGUCCAGAUUGUCUAGCCCAGAUGAUUUGUAGGGGUCCAGAUUUUGUAGCUCUUUCAGAACAUCAGCUGUCUGAAUUUGUGUGAAGGGGGGGGAGUUGCAGAGCUGGUGGCUGGGGUAGUGGUAGCCAGGUGGAAAGCAUGGCCAGCCGUAGCAAAAUGCUUGUUGAAAUUCUCCAUUAUUGUAGAUUUAUCGGUGGUGAUAGUGUUUCCCAGCUGGGAGGAGGUACUCUUAUUCUCCAUGGACUUUAGUGUCCCAAAACUUUUUGGAGUUAGUGCUACAGGAUGCACAUUUCUGUUUGAAAAAGCUAGCCUUUGCUUUCCUAACUGCUUGUGUAUAUUGGUUCCUAACUUCCCUGAAAACUUGCAUAUCGCGGGGGAUAUUCGAUGCUAAUGCAGUACGCCACAGGAUGUUUUUGUGCUGGUCAAGGGCAGUCAAGUCUGAGGAGAACCAGGGGCUAUAUCUGUUCUUAGUUCUGUAUUUUUUGAAUGGGCAUGUUUAUUUAAGAUUGAGAGGAAAUUACUUUUAAAGAACAACCAGGCAUCCUCUACUGACGGAAUGAGAUCGAUAUCCAUCCAGGAUACCUGGGCCAGGUCAAUUAGGAAGGCCUGCUCGCUAAAGUGUUUUAGUGAGCGUUUGACAGUGAUGAGGGGUGGUCAUUUGACCGCGGACCCGUUACGGACGCAGGCAAUAAGGCAGUGAUCGCUGAGAUCCUGGUUGAAGACAGCGGAGGUGUAUUUAGAGGGUAAGUUAGUCAGGAUGAUAUCUAUGAGGGUGCCCAUGUUUACAGAUUUAGGGUUGUACCUGGUAGGUUCGUUGAUAAUUUGUAUGAGAUUGAGGGCAUAUAGUUUGGAUUGUAGGAUGGCCGGGGUGUUAAGCAUAUCCCAAUUUAGGUCACCAAGCAGUACGAAUUCUGAGGAUAAAUGGGGGGCAAUCAAUUCACAUAUGGUGUCCAGGGCACAGCUGGGGGCUGAGGGGGGUCUGUAGCAAGCGGCAACAGUGAGAGACUUAUUUCUGGAAAGGUGGAUUUUUUGAAGUAGAAGCUCAAACUGUUUGGGCACAGACCUGGAUAGUAUGAUAGAUCUCUACAGUAGAUUGCAACUCAACCCCCUUUGGCAGUUCUAUCUAGACGGAAAAUGUUGUAGUUGGGGGUGGAAAUUUCAGAAUUGUUGGUGGCCUUCCUAAGCCAGGAUUCAGACACUGCUAGAACAUCAGGGUUGGCAGAGUGUGCUAACGCAGUGAAUAACUCAAACUUAGGGAGGAGGCUUCUGAUGUUUAACGCGCAGAAAACCAAGGCUUUUACGGUUACAGAAGUCAACAAAUGAUCGUUCCUGGGGAGUAGGAGUGAUACUGGGGGCUGCAGGGCCUGGGUUAGCCUCUACAUCACCAGAGGAACAGAGGAGGACUAGAAUAAGGAUAUGGCUAAAGGCUUUAAGAACUGGUCUUCUAGUGCGUUGGGUACAGAGAAUAAAGGGGGCAGAUUUCCGGCCAUUGUAGAAUAGAUUCAGGGCAUUAUGACAGACAAGUAUAUGGAAGGAUAUGAGUACAGCCUAAGCGUUGGGUAACAAUGAAAGAGAGAGCAUCACUGGAGGCACCGAUUGAGCCGUUCUCGGCGUGUAUGGGGGGUGGAACAAAGGAACUAUUUGAGGCAGUUUGAGAGGGACUUGGGGUUCUACAGUGAAAUUGUAUAAUAAGAACUAACUGGAACAGCAAUAGGCAAGGCAUAUUGACAUGGGAGAGAGGCAUAAGCAAUCACAGGUGUUAUUAGAGAGAGCUAAGACAACAACUGGUAAUGGCGAUAAAGUUUGGGCUGAGGCUAAACAGAUAAACAGGACAGGGUACCGUGUAAAGGAACAGUCCAGCAGGCAUCAGCUGUGCAGCUGAGUGAUCAGCAAUAUGUGAGUCCGAGAGCAGUUCGAAUUGGUGCUACGGAACAGCGAGCAGGAAGCACGGCUGUUGUUUGCGUGUGCUAGCGGGCCGGGGCUAGCAGAUGGAUCUUCGUGGUCUUCGCAACGGGAAGCCUGUUGAAACCACAGACCAGUCGUGAUGGAUCGGCGGGGCUCCGUGUCGACUCUAGGAGGUCCCGUCCGGUUGACAGAGAGGUAGAUAGCCGGGAGAUGUGCCUGACUCAAGGCUAGCUCAAGGCUGAUUAGCCAACAACAACGUUCAUUUGGUUGCAGCUAGCUAGUUGUGAUUAUCCAGUGUUAAAGGUCCAGUGAUUCAGUGAUAACGCGCUGUGCAGACAGUGCAGACUGGCCGAUAAUAGUCCAGGCUAGAGCUGGCUGGUAGGUAGUGCAGGCCACGGACAAUGGUGAAAAACCGCUAACGGUGGCUGGUUAGCUGGCUACUUUUGUCCGGUAGACAGAGAGGUAGAUAGCCGGGAUAUGGGCCUGCUCGAGGCUAACUGGUGCUUGCUUCGGGGGCAGUGGUGAUUUAGCCUACAGCAACAUCCAUUCGACAUCCAUUCGGUUGCGGCUAGCUAGUUGCGAUCCGCUGUUAAGGUCCAGUGAUUCAGUUAUUCCGGGUUAAAACCGCUAACAGUGGCUAAUAGCAAGUAGCUAGUUAGCUUGCUGGCUAGUUUCAACUGGAGAUUCUUGAUAAAGGUGAGUAAAUAUUUAAUCCGUUCCACAUUGAGUAAGGCGGGUUGCAGGAAAGUAUAUUUAGUAGAAGGAUGAAAAGUGUGAUAGGGAAAUAUAUACGGAAAAAACUGGCUAUUUACAUGGACACACAAGAGAACACGACCGCACUGCUACGCCAUCUUGGGUAUCCCCAUGCAUUUGGUAAACCUAUCCAGUGCAAGGUAACUCUCCUAACACAAGUUCAGUGCCAAUCUAAUGGACAGCUCUCUCCAAUUGUUGUUUUUCUGUUUCCAUGUGGGGGUUGGCCGAUGUCUCUAUGACUAGCAGUUAAUAACUUUUAUUUGUUUUGCAAACUGGCAUGUUGUAGUACAUGGAAGGAGAGCCAGAAGACCGGGUGAAGAACUCUCAUGUUGAAACACAUGGUUUUCUCUUCAUUCAGAAUUGGCUGUAGGCCUAGUCCCUUAUGGCUGGAAUGGUUUCUGUCUUUCUGAGGUAUACUUCAGGGAAGAAUAGCUUUUUACCUCAUGUAUGAACUGCAAUGGGCAUGGGCUGCAAUCAAUUAAAUGUAUUUAUAAAGCCCUUUUUACAUCAGCAGAUGUAUAGCUUCAAAAUAUGUUUACCACUAUCAUGUGUAUAUCAUGGACUGUCAGUCCUUGCAUCUAGAGGCGCCGUCUAUGAAUUUGAGAGGGGUUACGUUUCCCCAGUCCCAUCCCUCUAGAGUGACAGGGCUGCUGUUUCGCUGAAAAACAAAUCCCAGAUUGUAGCUUUAAGGCACCAUGAGUGUAGAGGAUUUAAAAUGAGAAAUAGCUGAAACCGAUCUCCCCCUAAUGCUCUCAUUCUCUCUCCAAAGUAGCUCUAGCGAUAAGACUGGUAUUUGGUUCUGUAUAUCACCCUGACAUGAGCAGGAAAAUAUGCAUCUCCCUUUUUAAUUGCGACACGCAAGAUUAUCAGAGUUCAGUUAUCAGAUCCUUCUGAGAUUUUGGCUCUAGAUUCCAUGUGAAGCUAAGGUGUAAACUAUGUGGUUGUAUUUUUAUAAGGGGAGUUGGAGUGAGUAGGGGAAGGGUUGUUCUUCUCGCUUGGUGAGUGGGGGUUCUGGUCACAGUGGCAGGCGAGCCUUGGUGUGGUUGGUACUCAUGGUACCAUGUUGUUGUAUAGUUCAGCUGGAGCGGUCUUCCAAUAUUGUUUAGGUUAACCAUUUAAUGGCCUUGGGCCGAAUCUUAACUGAAGACUCAAACUUUUAGGCAACUCCCCCAUUGACUACAAUGGAUAAUCUCCCCUGAUUUUCCCAAGUUAUACACACAUCCUCCUUUAUUUGAAUGACUCCAGUGCUGUUAUUUUGACUGCGGGCUAUCACUCUAUAGGUAUUGCUCUGGUCAAACUGACCCAUAUCUCAAGAGACUCCUGUCUGAGUACGGAUCCCUGUCUCCCUGAUCUGUGCAUAGUUGACAGUUUUCAUACUGAUCCCUGUUUGUCUAUCCAUAGGGAGUAUCAUCCCAUCUCUCUGCUCUGUCUGUGGUAUAACUGUCUCCCUGUGCUGGCUGACCUUCUCGCUCCUUUGUCUGUAGGGAGUAUCAUCCGCUGCAUGCGUCGCCUGGAGGAGCUGCUCCGUCAGAUGUGUCAAGCUGCCAAGGCCAUCGGUAACACCGAGCUGGAGAACAAGUUUGCAGAGGGUAAGAUCUGUUCACUGCCCUAUAUCUACUGGUUUCAGCCUGACAGAAUGCUCAUGUGUAGUCUGUAAGCUCAAGCCAAUAGUAGGAGAACAAGUCUGCCGAGGGUGAUCUGUUCUAGUCUACAUUGAACAAUAUCAACGCCAAGUAUACUCAUGUAUUUCUUUUGUGUUUUUCAUUAUAGGUAUUACAAAAAUCAAGAGGGAUAUUGUGUUUGCUGCCAGUCUAUAUCUGUGAUUUGUUGUAUUUUGUGACAUCUUUGUAAGAAUAUGAUCACCUUUGUUGGUUUAAGUAUCUUCCAUCAUGAAAUUUUUAUUUGUGUUCAUGUUAAUAAGCAUAAAAUGGCUUCUUUUCCUUCCAAGAAGCGCAACAUUUGUACAUAUUUGAAACAAUUUUAAUAAAGUCUGUAUAGUGAUUUCUUUUAACAUACAGAUGGAUUAAACAUUGUAUUGUUUAUUUUUUUUGUUGCUUCAGUUGAAGAUACAUAUUGGUCUGGAUAAUAAUAAUACACAGGAAGCUGUAAUAGCAGCAGUAGCAGUCCAGCCAAGGCAAUAUGGGUGGGACUCAGAGUACAAUAGGGAGCUCAGACAGCUUGGCUCCAGGUCAUAGGUCAGGAAAGCACAAAGCAGGGUUACAUUCACAUGUCU